CUGGAACGCCAUGCUGGCGGUUGUUGACAGCCGUUGCCCCGGUAACCGCCCCCCCACACACACAGACAGGCACAGACAGAGAGUAUCCGCUCGCCAUGUCUGCCCCGGUGCUCGUGUCCAGCCCGCCGGCCCCGCAGAGUGUCCCGGUGGGGAGCCUGCCGGCAGUCAGCGUGCAGGAGGCCGCCAACACCGGCCAGCACUCCUCCUCCGGCCUGGCCACCGCCGGCUUCCGCACCGCCCGCUACCUGCUGGAAGAGUGGCAGCAGGGCAGCUACACCGCCUUCUACCGGGCGGCCGCCGACCGGGACAGCUCGGAGCGGGCCAGGGCGCAGGACAAGCAGCUGGCGGCCGAGGCCGAGGCCCGAGCUCAGCGCAGCCAGGCCGAUGGCACCAGGAAGCUGGGGGAGAGGCUGCUGGACAUCCACUACUGGAGGUCGGAGCUGGCCAGGGAGAGCGGGGAGCUGGCCGCCGAGACCGAGCUGCUCCUGCAGCAGAGAGACCGGCUGGAGAGAGCGCUGGACACCAGCGAGAUCCCCCUCUCCAUCGCAUCGGACAACCUGCAGUGCAGGGAGAGGAGGCAGGGGGCCGAGCUGGUCAGGGAUGGGGUGGAGGUGGAACUGCUGCAGGUAAAUGGGGGGGGAGAAAAAAGGGGGGUAAGGAGGGGUACCAUAACCACAACUAACAGGAUGAUGGGACUUGUAGUCAUCAUCCUACAGCACCAUCCCUCUGUGUCAGGGAUGGGGUGGAGGUGGAACUGCUGCAGGUAAAUGGGGGAGAAAAAAGGGGGGUAGGGGAGGGUACCAUAACCACAACAACUAACAGGAUGAUGGGACUUGUAGUCAUCAUCCUACAGCACCAUCCCCCUGUGUCAGGGAUGGGGUAGAGGUGGAACUGCUGCAGGUAAAUGGGGGGAGAAAAAAAGGGGGGUACCAUAACAACAACUAACAGGAUGAUGGGACUUGUAGUCAUCAUCCUACAGCAGCAUCCCCCUGUGUCAGGGAUGGGUUGGAGGUGGAACUGCUGCUGGUAAAUGGGGGGAGAAAAAAGGGGGAGGGGGACCAUAACAACAACUAACAGGAUGAUGGGACUUGUAGUCAUCAUCCUACAGCAACAUCCCCCUGUCUGUCUGUAUUUACUGACAUAGGAAUGUUAUUCAGUAGCAGAUCAUCCAGCACAAAAGGAAAUUAAAAAGUAAAUUUUCCAUUUUAACAUGGGGUGGAGGUGGAACUGCUGCAGGUAAAUGGGGGGGGGGUCCAUUUUAACAGAGUCUCUUAAACCCCCACCACCACCUAAAUUUAGGCCAUGGGUCCUCAAACUCCGGCCCCCCAGAUGUUGCUGAACUAUAACUCCCAUGAUUCUUUAAAUUACAUAGAUAGCCAGAGAGUCAUGGGAGUUGUAGUUCAGCAACAUCUAGGGGGGCCAGAGUUUGAGGACCCAUGAUUUAGACUAUAUUUCUAGUAUACAUGAAACCAUGGACUGCUCAAUACUUGGGAUGUAAAAUGUACUUAUUUAUUUACUUAUUUAAUUUUUUAUUUUUUUUUGACACAUCAAUAAGUUACAUUUUAUUUACUAAAACAAAAAAACUUAGAAUUGGCUGUCCUUUUAAGAGAAAUUCUCUAAUCAAAUGUAAACAUGCAGGGUUUUUUACUAAAAUUGUCAGGAAUAUAAAGUGCAUUUUCGAAGUUAAGAACAAAGUAGCCGAACUAGAAGCAUAGCUGACUAAGAAAAUUUUCCAAGUUUGGCUACUUUGGAAUUGAACUCGAAAUUCACUUGGAGUUCACUUUUAAUUCCUGCCAAUUCUUAGUAUAGUGAAUAACCCUAAUGGUGGUUUUUGGGUUAAGUACAGAUUUGUAAAACCAUAGCAACACUAAGAACCAGUAUGUGCACAUUCUGCCUGGCAAUAAUGUCACAAGUGUAUUAUAUGUUAACGGACACACUAGAGGGCAUAUCGCCUCCUCCCUAGCUGCACUAAUUACCACUGCAGGGUAAGGGACCUGGGACACUGCACCCAGACCACUUCAAUGAGCUAAAAUGGUCUUUAGUGUCCCUUUAAUGUAUUUGUGCAUUGGGUUCGCAUGGGUUCCAUAUACGGUAAUGUGGCAUUUUAAAUCCUUGCCACAGUGAAUGAAGAAUUUGAGCAAUGAUAACACAAAAUUUUCAUUAUGCUUGCUGACAUUUAUGGUUGCUUCUAAGCAGCUGUGGAUGUUUUAUCACAGUCUGUUCUAAUAUUGAUGUACUCUAAUUCACUUGAAUGCAAUUACACACUUCUAUGUACAUUAUAGUAAUAUAUGCAUUAUUUUGCAAGUCCAUUUAUUUCCACUACAGAGCUGUGAGUUGUAGCAAUAACAUAGAAACAUAGAAUGUGACGGCAGAUAAGAACCAUUCGGCCCAUCUAGUCUGCCCAAUUUUCUAAAUACUUUCAUUAAUCCCUGGCCUUAUCUUAUAGUUAGGAUAGUAUUAUGCCUAUACCACGCAUGCUUAAACUCCCUCACUGUGUUAACAUCUAUUACUUCAGCUGGAAGGCUAUUCCAUGCAUCCACUACCUUCUCGGUAAAGUAAUACUUCCGGAUAUUAUUUUUAAACCUUUGCCCUUCUAAUUACAGACUAUGUAAUCUUGUUGUCUCCUCCUUUACUGUGUUGAUUCCCUUUAUAUAUUUAAAUGUUUCUAUCAUAUCCCCCUGUCUCGUCUUUCCUCCAAGCUAUACAUGUUAAGAUCCUUUAACCUUUCCUGGUAAGUUUUAUCCCGCAAUCCAUGAACCAGUUUAGUAGCCCUUCUCUGAGCUCUCUCUAAAGUAUCAAUAUCCUUCUGGAGAUACGGUCUCCAGUACUGUGUACAAUACUCCAAGUGAGGUCUCACCAGUGUUCUGUACAAUGGCAUGAGCCAUAAUAAUGGGAAGUAUAACACACCCAUCAUAUACUAAAUAUUUUUUCAUUGUGAAAAUGUUGGCUCAGUAUUAAACUAGCUAGAUCAGUCUUUUAUUCAGUGGCUGAAGGUCUAUUUUUAAUUGUAAAAUGACUGGCUUGCUUUACUGUAAUAAUAAAGUAACUUAUCUUAAUUGUAAUAAAUCACUAGUUAUCAGUUUUAUAUUCUUGUUUUUUUUUUUUUUUUUCAGGAAGUGGAAUUAAUAAGAAACAUACAAGAACUUCUAAAGCGAACUUUGGAGCAAACCAUUCAGCAGAUUCGGUAUAAAUCAAUUAACGCAGCUGUUACAUAUUAUAUGAGUUAUAUGAUUAGAAUGCUUAAAGGGGCACUCCUUACAUUCUGUUGUUUUUUUUGUAAGAGUUUAGUAGAUAUACCCCCAAAUAAAACAUGCUUGUAACUCGUUUUGCAUGUUUUCUUUGGGGUAUAUGAAAUUUUGGCUUGCAAUAGCUGCAGAUUUAGUAUCUGCAGCUACAGCACGCUCGCCCCUUCUUCCCCAGCACACACCUUCUCAUCUGUGCCAGGGAAUAACCAAUCGCAGGCUUCGUACAGAGAAGUAUGUGGACCAGCCCCACGUGUUACAACUCACGGAGAAGUCAUUCAAAGUACGUGAUUUGUGCAAGCGCCUGUCUUUGAGUUUAGUGCUGUCGAGCUAAACUACCAGGAAGAAACACCUUCCAGCAGUGUGACUGACAGCCAUGGAUGUUUUAGCGUUCAUUUAUAAGAGAAAAAAAACAAAAAAACAGGGUGCAAGGUAGUGGCGUACACACGAUCCAUGGGGCUCCGGUGCGAAAAUUGAUCCAUGGUUUCCCUCCCCGGUCGUAGCCGCGACCGCGGUAUGUAAGCCAGUGGUGCAAGGGAAUACUGAGAACAACAGCCAAAAUAGCUUGUCCUUUGGUGGGACCCCAUUCAGAUCUCAAGCUGGUUUUAGCUCAUCUUGUGCCAUUACAGGGAGAUUCUAAACCAUUUACCAUUAAAUUGGGUAACAGUAACAACCCCUGGAUGUUGGGCUAAGGUAACAUCCCCAGGACGUACUUGAAAAUCAGAAUAAUCUGAAUGUACAUUUCCUGGUUAAAUACUUUGUUGUUGUUGUUAUCAUUAUUAUUUGAAUAUCCCACCCAAAUUUAUGUGUGCAUAUUACAAUUCAUAUCAGCUCUUUAAAAUUAGAAAAAAAGAACACACUCUAUACACAUAAAGCACUCCAGCAAGCUGUUGUAAUUUAUGUGUUGGAAGUAUUCCUUCAGAUGGACAUUCCAAGGACCAGAACAUAUUUUCUGCAUUCUAUAGCCUUUGGCCCAAAUCAUUUGCCAUAAUUGUUACAUGCCCAAUUCUGAAUUGUUUUUAGAACAAAAAAAAAGUUUUGUAGCAUUCUACUUUGUAACUGUGACCCUUUUGUCCCCCCACCUCCUUCACACCUCCUUUUUAAAUAAAACGUAAUUCUUGAUGAUUGUGUAUGUGAUGUCUUAGCUACGUUUCUAGAAACAUACAGUAGUGUUUAUGUGAGUUGUAGUUCAUCUUUCCAUUAGAUCCAUCUUCUAUCGGUAAAAGCCUUGCUGUACAGGUAUUUGUGGGAUUAGAUGAACACUUUGAAAAGUCUCUUAGAAAAGUAUUAUGGAUUGGAUAACCUGUAUUUGAUUGGGAAGUACUAACUUGUGUUUAUGUAAAAUGUAGGUAAAUUUCAGCAUGUUGGACUAUAUGUUCACAUUUAAACAACAUCACUGAGUGUACUGUGGGGAAAAUGGUUUUCUGCAUAGCGUGGUCCUCAAUUGUAUCUUCAUUGAAAAAAAAAAAAAAAUAAGAUCUGACCACCAAAGGAAACCUGCAUGUAAUUGUUUUUGCAUAUUACUAAGGCCAGAAAGGUAUUGUCAUGCAUGAAAAAGGGCAUGCAUUCUCGGGAUGAGAAUAUCAUUCUGCCUCUUUAUAAAUCACUGGUAAGCCCACAUAUUGAAUAUGCUGUGCAAUUUUGGGCUCCUGUUCUAAAGAAGGAUAUUAUGGCACUAGAAGAAGUGGAGAGGCGGGCUACAAAAUUAAUAAAAGGAAUGGAACAUAUCGGCUAUGAAGAAAGGUUAACAAAUUUAAACCUAUUUAGUUUAGAAAAAUGUCGCCUGAGAGGGGAUGUGAUAACAUUAUACAAAUAUAUUCCGGGGCCAAUACAAACCAUUGUGUGGAAAUCUAUUCACAAACCGGACUUUACAUAGGACACAAGGUCAUGCGUUUAGACUGGAAGAAAGAAGAUUUCGUCUAAGGCAAAGAAAAGGUUUUUUUUUACUGUAAGAACAAUAAGGAUGUGGAAUUCUCUGCCUGAAGAAGUGGUUUUAUCAGAGUUCAUACAGAUGUUCAAACAGCUACUAGAUGCAUACUUGCAAAAACAGAAUAUUCAAGGAUAUAAUCUUUCAAUGUAGGGUAAUAACUGCUUGAUCCAAGGAUAAAUCUGACUGCCAUUCUGGGGUCAAGAAGGAAUUUUUUUUCCUAGCUUGUUGCAAAAUUGGAAGUGCUUCAAACUGGGAUUUUUUUUGCCUUCUUUUGCAUCAACAGCAAAAAACAAAUGUGAGGAAGACUGAACUUGAUGGACGCAAGUCUCUUUUCAGCUAUGUAGCUAUGUAACUAUAUUUACUAAUAUAAAAAUUUAUCUUGGAAUAGCUAAAGGAUCAUAUAGAACUGCAAAACUUUCCCUUUGAGGGAAAUAAUCCAGUAAUAAUCAGCCAGAGGCCCUUCAUUGCCGAGCCUUGCAGACCAGCUGCAUAUGUCUGCAAGGCUCGGCAAUGAAGCCUUGCAGUCCAAUCACAGACUGUAUUAAAGCUCAUUGAGAAGUCUUUGCAAGGAAGGAACUCUGAGCAAACGCCAUCACAUGAGCUUUGUUCCACUUCGUUAAACUAGCAGGAAGAAACACCUCCUGGCUGUCUGAUUGACAGUCGGAAGGUGUACAGUAUAAAGUGCUGAUUUCUAUCGAGAUUAGCACUUUUAUAAAAUGAAAAAGAAGGGACCCUCUCUUCACACAUAAAGCGCUUCAGCAAGCUAAAGUGUUUUAAAUAUUUGGAGUGCUACUUUAAGAUCAAAGGGGAGGAAAGUCCGUUAUAUACUUAUAACUAUAAGGCACCUCAUUUAACCCCUUAAGGACACAUGACGUGUGACAUGUCAUGAUUCCCUUUUAUCCCAGAAGUUGGGUCCUUAAGGGGUUAAAGGGAGAAAAAAGUAGUUGGAUACAAAACGUUAAGUAUAUAUCAAUCAUCCACCAACAAUAAAAGAAUUGUGUCUGUUUAGAAUCUUUAGUGCUUUGUAUCCUUUCAAAGGGUAACUUUAAGAACCAUAACAACUUUGCAUCGUUGGAAAGUUUAUUGUGCAGAAAGAACCAUUCUCGCUGUGAUAUUGGCUUAUAACUGCAAUGUGCAAAAUGCAUAAUAUGUCAAACUUAAUCACUACAGCUACAAGACAAAUCUUAAACAGCUUUAUUUACUAAAUAGUGACCUGGACUAUAUGGGUAUUAAUUUAUAGAGCACUAUAACUCAUCCAAUGUGAUGAGUAGAGUUGGGAGUGGGGAUAGACUGUCACAUAAACUAUACCGCUGGACAGUAAGAUCAGACCCUGCAAUCCAGAAUUAGAGGAGAUUGACUGGUUAUGCGGUCAGGUGAGGUUGGCAGGCUAAUGACACUUUGUGCGCUAGCUGGAUGUCUCUAUUUAGCUAUGAACAGCCCUGUCAGAACUGAAGUGGUUAUGGUCCUUGGAGUGUUUUUUGUUUUUUUUCUGGUGGACAAAUAGCUCAUUGAAAAAUUGCUUGUUAAUCUUUCAUGAUAGUUCUUCUUUAGAUACAGUUACACAAUACCAAAGACGGAAUAUUUUACACCUCACUGUGUCAUUGGCACAGGAUCAAAUGUCCUAUUCCUUGCUGUGUUUAUCUUCUGUCUAUAGAAAUGCUGCAUUUAAAGGGGGCAAGAGAUCUGAGCUCUUGUCAGGUUAAAUGAGAAAUCUGAGUUGCCAAAAAAGGUUUCUCCUUAACUUGUAAACAUGAACCCAUAUGUAAAUGACAUCAACGUAUUCCAAAAUGAUCUCAUGCUUGAUGUCAAAACAUCUGUUGUUUCUGGAGGGGUGGGGGGUGUUUUUUGGUGCCGUAAUAGGUUUAUCAAUAUUGCCACCACUUUUUCUCAUCAGAAAAGUGUUUUUUUAAUGUCUCCUUUCUCUCGCUCUAAAUUUGGAUGCCAUUUCUGAAAAUUUGUUCUGUAAUAAAUUACAUUUAAGCAAAGAAAAGCCAACACUUUUUACAGCAUUUUUAGACCAAUUCUAUAAAUACUAACAGAUUAGAGACCAGAAAUACAAGACAUUUUUCAGAACACUUUCAAAUAACUCCCACAACUGUGCUGAUUAACUCGGGUUCAGUACUAGUAAUUCUUUGUUGUAUGCUGACAUCUUGUGGCUGUAUCUGUAUAAAUUAAAAAACAAACAAGCAAUAGAAGGCGCUAAAAGUGCUUAAUAUUGAAUAAAUAUAAAGAUAAUAAAGGUGGAGCAGCACCUAAAAGUGUACAAGCUCAUAAAACACCAUACAUAAGAUACAAAUAAAAUAGGUGCGCUGUACCUUUAAAUAUUUAAAAGUGCAAAUAGUGCAUAAAUUAGUGCAAAAAACAAGGAGUGUGUACACAAUAUAACCACACUCAGUGUAACAUAUGUGCAAAAUUGCAAGUGAAAUCGUGAAAGACCAAUAUCCGAAUAACAACUUACAGAAAAAAUGUAUAUCUCCUUUGGUGCUCCAAAUCAAAUGAGAACAUAUGUAAAGGGAGAUAUAAAAUGGAGAAACAUAGCAUAAUAUUGUUUAAAAAUAAGUAUAAGAACCAACAGUAUUAAAAUAGGAAUAUCACUCACAAAGAGAGAGCAGUAAAAGCCUGCUCUAACUGAUCCAACUUAUAGUCCUCAAACCAGGACGUGACCGGACGAAACUCCGAGUUCCAGGAAGUGAAACCUGCAGUGCCGAAAAUUACCAAGGACUGGCAGAUAUUCGCAAUACAGCACCGAUAAAAGGUUACCAGACUUCUAAAUGGAAACGGGGACUGUGGAUUUUAACUUUUAAUAAAGGCUGUUUACAUUGAGAGCUGGCAUCCUGCCUACUUGUACCAUCAUUGAAGUCCUGGUUUGAGGACUAUAAGCUGGAUCAGUUAGAGCAGGCGUUUACUGCUCUCUCUUUGUGAGUGAUAUUCCUAUUUUAAUACUGUUGGUUCUUAUACUUAUUUUUAAACAAUAUUAUGCUAUGUUUCUCCAUUUUAUAUCUCCCUUUACAUAUGUUCUCAUUUGAUUUGGAGCACCAAAGGAGAUAUACAUUUUUUCUGUAAGAUAUUAUUCGGAUAUUGGUCUUUCACUAUUUCACUUGCAAUUUUGCACAUAUGUUACACUGAGUGUGGUUAUAUUGUGUACACACUCCUUAUUUUUUGCACUAAUUUAUGCACUAUUUGCACUUUUAAAUAUUUAAAGGUACAGCACACCUAUUUUAUUUGUAUCUUAUGUAUCUGUAUAAAUGACUGAAGGAGCUAUGCUAAGGUGCAAAUAUUUCUGCAUUUGUCUAUGACAAAGCCACUAGUCUCUAAGUGCUACCCCUCAUCUCCUACUCCCAAGAGAAAGUGGUGACAGUAUCAGGUCUUAGCCAUCUGCUGUUCCAUUGAGGUGCCAACAAAGGUAAUUUGAAGGCAGAUAUCCUGUUGAACUCUUUUGGAAAUGGUCAAGUAACACAAGCUCCCUGUGACUCCAUGGCCUUUGCCAGUUUGGUGGUGCCAAAACAAUUGAUGCACCUCACUGCCAUACAGUUUUCCACUUAAUCUUUUAAAUAUCAUUAGGGAAUUGAAGCAAAGCUACAGACCAAUCCCAAGUACUUCCUGAUUUCACAUCAGAACCUCUGCAUAUAUUCAGGCUGUUAUUGGCUAGUCUUCUGUGUCCCCUAUCUCUCAUUGGCUGUGUUAUCCAGAGAUGUGGUUGAGGCAGCUGACGUAAGCCAAUCACAGAACAGCAGUAAGUGCAACAAUAGCCUCGCAGCCUCUGAAAUUUCUUUAGUUUAGUUUCAUCCUAUAAGCAGUUCAAUAAACAAACAAAAAAAAACAUUGAUUUCCUUUUAAUGGCCAAUUAUAGUAUAGAAACAGACCUUUGAGAUGUUCUUCCUCGAACUUGUUGCCUUCCUGCAUCUCAGCCCUUUGUUUUGUAAAAAAAUACAUAUUUUCUCUUAUACCGCUAUGUUGUUUUCAUGCAUUUCUAAACUGAUUUUUGCUGUCUCUUUAGAAUGAAUCGAGCUGCUAAGGAAACUCUGGAGAUGGAUUGGUCAGAUAAAGUCGAGGCAUAUGAAAUUGAUGAUAAAAAUGGGAGAUACAAUAAUCAGAGUACAGAGAUCCAGUUUCACCCAAACUCCUCUAAAUACGAAGACAAGUAAGGAGAAACCAUUGAGGGGAAAGCUUUCGGUCUAUAAUUAUUUUGCAACCAUAUUACUGAUAAAGUGAUAAAUAUAAAUUGUCUUGUUUGUUCCAAACAUCCCCAGUUUAGUUUCCUCUUACAUAUGUUUAACCUAGAAUCAUACCUGGUAUAUAUAUUUUCCUCUUUUUCUGUGUAAUAAGCAUUUCACAUGUAGUGUACCUGCUUUGCUUUGUACAGGGGUUAAUUUGAACAAUUAUUGCUCACCAUGUUUACUCUUUGAAACCAUGAUUGUAUUGAAACUUUAAAUAUGUUACAACCCUGAUUUCUUUAGAGCAGUGGUAGUCAACCUUUUUCCACUUACCGCCCACUAAUGCAUCUUUCUUGAUGGAAAAAUUUCCUUACCGCCCACCAGUUUUCGCGCAAGCGCAGAAUAUUUUUUAGAAAGGAGGGUGUUUUAAAAAAAAAAAAAAAAUGUACGUACAUUUAUCUUUUUAUUUCUACUUUAUGCAAAGUUUAAUGAGGAAGCAAUAAAGUAAAUUGAAAUUACCUUUACUAGUGAUUAAUGAGAUCCUUGAGGUUGAUGCUGCGAGACUAAAUAUUUGAUAUCUGGUUCGAUUUUCGUAAGGAACAAACAAAGGUGAUUCUUUCGGUGAUAUUCAGAAGACUUCUCUGUUUGCUCAUAAAAUGAUUUCUCAUCUGUGCGUCAGCUCCCCUCCUCUCCCUCCUCAAUUCCCCUCCCCACCUCUUUUUUCUUCCUUUUUUCUAUUUUUUAACCUUCCUUAUUGCAAUGCCCAGUAGGAAGGCUGAGCUAGGUAGCCCACUUACUAUUAUUAGUCAACAACAAUUCUCUCCUUUUCUUUCUUUCUUUCUUUCUCCUUUUUUACAAGUACUCUACUCCUUCUUUCUCCUAUUCUACAAGUACUCUGCACCUUCUUUCUCCUUUUUACAAAUACACUGCUCCUUCUUUCUUCUAUUCUACAAGUACUCUGCUCACAGACAAACACACACACUCACAGACAAACACUCACACAUACACUUACAGACACACACACACUCACAUACUCACACAUACUCACACAUACACACAAACAUACACAUACUCACACAUACACUAACAGACACACACACACACACACACACACACACUUACAGACACAAACACACAUAUACUUACACACACACACAUAUACUUACACACACACACACAUAUACUUACAGACACACACACAUACACUUACAGACACACAUACACUUACAGACACACACAUAUACACACAAAUUAUUAAUAUUAAAUGUCCACCCAGCCUCCCUACCUGGAGAGCUGGUGUGGAUCUGUCCCUGGGGUCCAGUGGGGCUUCACUUCGGCGGGCGGCUGUGUGCUAAUCAGAUGCGGCGAGGAAGCUCUAACCUCUCUGCUCCCUAGCGGGCUGUCUACUGAUGCUGGGAGCCGGAAUAUGACAUCAUAUUCCGGCUCCCGCAGAAUCAACAAACAUCGCACGAGGGAGCAGAGCGGUUAGAGCUCCCUCGCCGCGUCUGAUUAGAACUCUGCCAAGCCGGGGGGUCCAGAAGGUGGCCUGGCAGGAGGGAGCACUUCCUCCUGCCGGUCACUUAAAACUUGCGCCCGCAGUGUUGCUCCCGCCCGCCCAAAAGGUGAAAUCCUCUUAAAAAGAGGAUUUAGCCUCCGAAAUCCCUACCGCCCACCUGGAAUCCUGAAACACCCACUAGUGGGCGGUAGGGACCAGGUUGACGAUCCAUGCUUUAGAGGAUGUUGCGUCUACCAGGGCUUCCAUCAGAAAUUUUGGGGCCCCUUGCACAUCUCAAGGUCUGGGCCCCCGGGUCCCACCCAUGAGUCUGCCCACGGAGCCCACCCUGUGUCUACCCACAAGAAUGCAGUGUGUUUAGAGUGAAUUCAGUGUGUGUGUAACAAAUGCAGAGUGUGUGUGUAGUGGAAACUAAGGUUGGGCGAUAUAUAUGUAUAUGUGUAAUCAAAUGGAAAUUCCUCAUUAUGCAUGUAGCCAAGGAGGGUGAGAUCCCAAGGUGCUGGAGAAAACCAUUCCUAAACAUUUGGAUAGUAAACCAUAUGAUGGCAUCAGGAUACCCUAGGCAACCGAACAACCACAGUAACCUAUAUUGUCUAUGUUGCUUAGAGUUCCCAUUCAUUUUGUUGCCCAUACUCAUCUGCUAGAAUAGGAGUGUUAAAUUAAAAUAACUGUCUCUAUUAAUUAAUCUUGUACCACUUUUCACUGAAUGGGCCAAUAAAACAAUAGAAAUUAAAUGUUUAACACAUCAACGCUGGACACUCCAAAAUGUGUAUAUCAUUAACGAUUUUCCAAUUAGUAAGAUUUAUUCACUAAACCACACAUUGAAGAGAAGUUAGGAUUUGUACAUUUCAGGCACACAAUAGCUGAGCUACUUCCAUUACUGGUUUCGUGAACAAAUGUCUUUACAUUUACAAUGUCUUUAUGGUAUGAAAAUGAAAAAUGUUUUUAUCGCCUUAAAAUACAAUUUAUAUUUUUGGUUUUUCUGGUCUCUCCAGAAGGUGGCAGAAUAGCAUCAUACAUAUACAACCACAGCAUUCACGAGACAAAUAGUAAAUUAAAAUGAGCUCUGUGGGGACCUGUGUUCUCAUUUAAAAUCGGACGUCUAAAGGUUCAACAUACAUAUUAAAUAUAUUUUCAUUUAAAGCAAUCUCUAGAAUUGCAGGAAAAGCACAUCUUCAAAGAACACUGCAAAAAAAAAACAGAACCAACAGAACAAACAUUAAAAAGUAUAUUUUGAAAUUUGUCGCACACAAUCAUCUCUACGCUGGUUUUAAAUUAAAUUAGCCAUGUAGGGAUGCGUGUUAUCUUUUUAAAGUGACAUCUAAAGGUUACGUAUACAUAUUAAAAAUAUUCUCAUUUGAAUCAGUCUUGAGAAUUACCGACAAUGCAGAUCUUCCAUAAAUUCAGGGAACAAUGUAACCAUAACACAUAAACAAAGAAAUACAGGAAUUGCAUUUUGAAACAUUUGUCGCACACAUUCUUUUCCAUACUGGUUUUUAAUCCAGGGGCUUUGACGAAUUAAUGAACUACCCCAUGGCUGUUUUUGCAAAACAGUAUUCCACACUAAUGCAUUAUAAAUGAUUAGUCUCUGUAUCACACUUUUCAAUAUAUUAGUAUUUACAAGGCACUGUGGCAUUAUUACCAUGGGGAGAGGGGAUGGUGUGGAGUCACCUCUAUUAAAAGAUAAGAGUUAUAGAAAGCAGAACAGUAGCUACACUUUGAUAUAAAACAUUGCUAAAAACAAUAGAUGACUUGCAAUCAGAGCAGGCGCAAAGCAAUCAUUUAAGAUAAGAUUUUCAGCUCUUCGCAGGGAGGAAUUAAGGAGAUAAUUUUGGCUGCAAAACCUUUAAAGCGAUGUUUGUUUGAGGCAAAUACAUACCUUUUUCUUAGUUAAUGUAUAUUAUCAUAUUCAUAUUAUAAUUUGCCUUUUUGACUAUGUUUGAUCUUAAAAAUACUAAUAAAGUACAAAUACGAGUGCUUGCUUUUUUCAGAGAUCAAUACUACACUUAUAUAAUUGGAAUAGCACUGAUGGCUCAGAAAAAAUGUAACAAUGAUUUCUAACUGCUUAAGGGUCAAAUAUUACACUUUGUAGUCACCAUAAUCUGACCCCUAUAGAUUUAAAGCAAAUGGGGAAGUCCUUCUUAAUUAGUUAAGCUUAAUGCAGCCCUGAACAACAAGUUCUUAUUAUGGCAUAGACUAUUGCCCUUAGAAGGACACCCUAAAGUUGAAAUAAAUAUAUAUUUUUUUGAAUGUCAUUGUAUUCUCAUUUUACUUUUGAUUAUUGCCUCUCUCCCCCUGCUGUACUCUAUACAAAAAGCUAUAAAACUUACCUUUAUUACAGCAUUAGAAAGGUCUUUUUGAUGCAGCGGGUCCUCCUCCAGUUAAGUCAUCAGUUCUGAUGAUUUUUAUCCAAUCACAGAGAAGUCCUGAUUAUAAUGUUUCUUUAUGUGAAGCACUAGCUGUGUUCAGCUUUGGCAUGCUAUGAAAAAUUACACAAAAUGUAAAGGCCUUCGAAGAUCAAGGAUCUUAAGGAGGAAGCAGAUUUACUGCCUGGUUAGUUACCUAUCUGACAGACACUAGAGGUGUGUUUUAUCCAAAAUGUAAAUAUUGUAAUUUCUCAGAAAUAGCAAUGUUUUAAAUUGCAUUUUUGUAGCAUGUGCUAUUACUCACAGUGAAAGGCCAAUGACAUGGUGAGAGCAUCAGCUGGUGUUCUCAGCUUCUCACCGGCCGCCAAAGAAAACCUGUGAAUGGUGGCUGGAAGAAGAAACAGUGAAGGCAGUUGUUGGUUCCUGGGAACCAACUUUGGAUAUGAAAGCAAGGAGGCAUCCAGGCCCCCUGUCCCAAUAGCAAUUUCAUUAAAAAUGAAGUUGUUAUGGGGUGUGACUGUUCCGUUAACUCUUUGAUUUCUGUAGUUAAAAUUAAUCUUUUGUUUGCCUGGGAAUUUUCUGCUGGGAACAUCUAUGUCACUACAUCAAACAGGAACUUUUAGCCUAUUAGCCACAGAAAUUUCCUGAAUCAGUAAAUAGAAGCAAUUACCAAAUUUCCAAAACCUGCUUCUCCCUGUAUAUCUUGAGCACCAUGACUUAUUCGCUGUAGUAAUGCACGUUGUAUGUUCUUUAUCUCUUUGUUGUAUAUAAUCAAUUUGGUUAAGCCAACCGUCCCAUAUUAAAGACUAGUUAAUAAACCCAAGUUUCUGCAUUCUCUCAGUACCACCACGCCUGAUUCUUGGGCCCAGUUCAGCCAUGACAACAUAUACAAAGCUGAAAGAGAGAGACUGGCCUCAAUCAAUCUGCGUUCCUUGAUUGACAACAUCCUUCAGGAUACUUCACAGGACAUGCGUACCCAGUGUGGCGCUGUAGACCAUGCCUUUGCAAAGCGCUGUGAGGAAGUGGAAGAUGCCAGAAAUAAAUUAGAAAUGCAUCUGAAGAAGGUACUUCUUAAUAUAUUGUGUUAUUUUGUACAUUUGCAAGGCUUUCGUCAGAGUUAACCUUCAAAAAAUGUUUAAUGCCAUCUCCUUUGUUUUUCUGUGUUCCUGUCUUUGACAGUAGGUGGCACCGCUUGCCCUGUGAUGAAGCUGAAACUGCCUGGGUGCAGUUUUUACUUGGGGCAAAAGACACAUUGCAUUAUUUGUACUGCUAUUUCUGUGAUCCUGUUUAAAGGGACAUUAUAGGCACCCAAACCACCUAAUAUUAAUUUCUGGUGUUAGCUGUUUCUUUAAUAUAAGCCCUUAUAAUAUAAUAGCCACUGCUUUGUCGACUAAUACGUGCUGAUUGCUUUCUCUUAGGUAAAAAGUUCAGGCUUUUUUUUCCAAUAAUACUUUCAGGUGAUAGGUACCACUCCAGUUCUGGGUCCAGGUCACAAUGAUUUCUUGAGUUAUCAAUAGCAGCUUAUAGAAGCUUCUGUGAUAAUGAUUUUGGGUGAUAAUCAUGCCUGUUUGAUCAUUAAAGGGUCGCUCUGGACUCCUAAAGCACUUUAGCUUGCUAAAAUGCUUUAGGUGUGCAGAGUGUGUUCUCUCUUUUCAUUUUACAAAAAGUGCAGAUUUUUAAUAGAAAUUAACCUGGUUACACCCUCUCCUGCUGUCAAUCAGAUCGCCGGUCCUGUUACUUCCUGGUUGUUUAGCUCAAUGGAGCUAAACUCAAGAGGCAGCAAUUGCCCAGAGCACCUGCCUUGGAAAGACUUCUCAUUGAGCUGCAUUCGGAAGUCUGUGAUUGGACAGCCAAAUAAAGUGUGUAAGGGGAGGGCUUGUAAAGGUAACAGACAAGGUUUCUGUAGCUUUUACAAGCGUUUACAGCUUUUAUAUUGCUUAUUGCUAUACCCCCUGUUAAUGUGUGCAUGUUUUCAUGAACUGAUAGCUAGCUUUUAGGUAAUCGUUUCAGGUAAGAGUUUUCUCCGGACGUGAUUUCAGAAUGUAGUAAUUUCCCGAAUUAUCUAUAUCACAUGACAGCUUUUUCACUGGUAGAUUCAGAUAAUAACUGUUCAUCGGUUCAUGAUUUCAGUGAGUAACGGCUUUCUGGUGGAUUCACAUCUCAAGUGAUAUUUGUUAUUAUCACUUGAUACAAUUAUUGUAAUAACCUUACAGCAUAUCUCACCCUAAGCUAUUAAUAGAACAAUGUUUUUCUGUGUUACGAAAGGUGCGACAAUGCUGUGAGCAGAUGAUCACUGAUCGUAGAUGUUGUUAGCAAACAUCUAUUUUCUGUACCCCUCGUGUGGCUCCUGCUAUUAGAAUUAAUUUAGUCCCAUAUUUUCUCUGGCCCUUUUGCCCCUGUCGCAUUUUGUCUUUAGUUUCCAUAACAACCUUUCUAGUUAAUAGGAGAAUGCUAGAUCAUUAUUACAAAUACCCAGUACUAUUUAUUUUACUUAUUUUCGGUCUCAUGGUGAAAUUGAAGCCGUUUUGGACACAGACCCUCUUGAUACUGAUUUAAUUGGGGACCUAGGUAGGUGAUAAUGCUUUUUUCUCUAUAUAUUCUUGUGAUUGGCGAUUUAAAGGUCAAAUUUAGCUUAAUGAAGCUGUUUUGCUCUGAAAUUUUAGGAGUUAAAUCACGUAGUUUAUACAGCCCUAGUUACACCUCCCAGCAUUUGAUGCAGGCUAUUAACAAAGCAGGAGAUAAGAAGUUCUAAAUUAAACACACUGCAAUAAAGGAAGUUUCAAAUUUAGUUCUCUCUUUACAGGAAAUGGAGUUGCCUCCCCCAACCCACCCUUUUGCAGCUUUAAUAUUCACCACUCUUCUGGGAAGACUUUCUACAAGAUUUUGGGUUGUGUGUGUGGGAAUCUGUGCCCAUUCAGCUAAAAGGGCAUUUGUGAGAUCAGUCAGUGAUGCUGAAUGAGAAGGUCUGACUCACAAUUGGUGUUCCAUUCAUCCCAGAGGUGGUCAGUGCAGUUGAAGUCAGGGCAUUGGUGCAGCCACUUGAGUUCCUCCACACCAGACUUACUUACUCAUGCACAGAGGCACAGCCAUGCUGGGACAGAAAUGGGCCUUCCACAAACUGGGGACACAAAGUACGAAGCACCCAAUUGUCUAAAAUAUCUCUUGUAUCCUGUAGCAUUAAGAUGACCCUUCACUGGAACUUAGGGGUAUAGCCCAAACCCUUGCAAACAACCCCAGACCAUUUUCCAUUCUACUAAUCUUUACAGGAGGCACUGUGUAUUCCACUAGAUAGCAUUCUCUACACACAGGUCCUUCUAUCACAGGGGUUUCCAACUCGGUCCUCAAGUACUCCAUACCAGUCCAAGAUUUAGAUAUUACCCUGUUGUGUUUUUUUUUUCUUCUAAAAACAACUUAGACACACCUGGGUGAUCCCUACAUUCUGGACUGGUAGGGGCUAUUUGAGGGCUGAAUUGGGAACCCCUGUUCUAUCAGAUUGCCAGAUAGUGAAUGAUUAUUUAACACUCCAGAGAACACAUGUUCACUGCUCCAGAGUCCAAUGUUUUAUGUGCUUCAGUACUCGUGCCCUCACUCUGUGAGUAUAUGUGGUCUAGCACUUUAUAGUUGGGCAGUUGUUGCUCCUAGAUGCUUCCACUUCGCAAUAAUAACACUCACACUUGACCAGGGCAGAUCUAGAGUUGUGGCAAAGGUGGCCUCCUAUGACAGUUCCAUGUUUAAAGUCACUAAGCUCUUCAGUACGACCCAUUGCACCGCCAGUGUUAGUCUAUAGAGAUUGUUUAUGCAUCUGUUGGCAGUGGAUGAGCCUGUAACAUCUGAACUCAGUAAGCAGUAUGGGUGUUCACAUAAAUAAAAGCAUAUGCAAAGAUAUUCACUAAAUUGAGAAUUAAAAGUGAAUUUCCAAAUUUAAGCAAAAGUAGCCAAACUGGAAGAAUAGCUGCCUUAGAAAAUUUUUCCAAGUCAGCUAUUGUGACCUUAAAUGUGAUUAUGGAAUUGUUUGCGUGCUUGUUUUUUUUUAAGAAGAAAAUUGAAUCUAAGUUUUUGACAUCCUGCUUGUUUGUCGAAACAUUUACCGUAGGUUUUCUUUUUGUUACAAGGAUUCCGUGUCAGUUAUUGCAUUACCCGUUUUACAAUGCAGAGCCAUUUCAGUACAGUGCUUGUACCAGGUACCAAACACAGCCACCCUGUCUGUGUAAAUAGUGCUUUUAAUACAUUAAAGAGACUUCUGCCUGUGGAUGGCAAUAUCCUUGCAAAUAUUUGAGUUUCUUCAAAUGCCUGUAGGCACAGUUAUUGGUUAAAUAAAACUCAGUGAGGCUGCAUAGAAAAAGGCUCAUGAAUAAUUAAAUGCAUUGAUCCUUUUUCUCUUUUUAUUUUAUUUCUUUUUACAGACCUUAGGAGAAAUCGGGGACCAGGAGAACAAUAUUGCGUUUCUAAAGCAAGCUAUUAAGGAUAAAGAAGCACCAAUGAAAGUUGCUCAAACAAGACUUUACCAACGAUCGUAUAGACCUAAUGUUGAGCUCUGCAGAGAUCCUGUUCAGUUCAGGUAUGCUUCGCAUGGUGGUGACUCACAUUUGGCACUGCAACUGAUGUGGUUUCAGUCUCUCAAGAUGUUCAGCCUGCCAUUUGUCUGGCUUACCUUCUUGAAAGUCUGACUCCACGGCACCUGGAAUACCAAAUGACAUGUAGAACUGUACUAACAAAUACGUGAAACAUCUGGGCUAUUAUCUUGCAAAAUCUUGGUUCGAGAGCCAGAUUUUUUUUUUUUCUCCGCUGUGACAAGUUUAUUCCUAAAUUAAUGAGUGAGACGUCUAUUGCUCUGUGCUGAAGUGUUUGAAGAUUGAUGAGAUGGCUCUUAAUAACAUGUCUAUGCCAAUUCUAAUCAGACCUGACUAGCAAGACUCAAAGGGACCGUGACUCAUGUUUCAGCAGCGUAACUCUGUCCAUUGAGAUAAGUUCAAGUAUUGUUUAAUUUCAUAGUACUAUGUUCUAUGCAGCUGAAACGGUUUAUACUGUUGCUAACUUAAAAUGGAUUUAACUUGUUGGUGGACUAUUUGCCUAUGACGCAGGUUAGCUCUGCCUCAGUAUUUUAAGUUGAGCGGGUCACUACUAGCAGUUUAAAUAAUAAUAAAAAUCUAAAUAAAUAUAAAGAUUAAUUAUAUACCCAACAAUUUGAAUAGGGAUCUGUCCAAUGCAUUUUUCAAAAUAUAUAAAGUUUGGCUGCCAUACAAGUAGUGAGACGUUCGGGUUUCCUCUAUCUCUAAAUGCAAUUUUACAUCCAUGUAAACCUCCAAGCCCAUCAUCGGUUGGGGAGAUGAGACUUGAAUCCCAAAAAGAGCAGGAUGUUUAUAGUGUUACACCUUGAUCAAGGUACUAAAUAAACAAGUAAAAAGAAAACUAAUAAAAACACAUUUGUUUGUAUUGUAAAAACCCUAUAAUAAUUUAUUAUUCCACUGCACAUCAAUCUGAAAUGUAACAAGUUAAUACGGGAAAACAAAGCUGUUUUAUUCUAUUCAGAUCUUCUUCUUGUCCAAAAAAAUGUUUGUUUUUUUCUGUGUUUGUUUCUUUAAAUCUGGUCUUACUUUGUUGUGCGAGGUAUGUUUUACAUUUUCUAAAAUUGUAAAAUAAGGAUAUUAUUGUUACUAAGGGGUUGUUUAAAAUUCUACUAUACUUACCGGCACACUUCCAAUCUUAAGUGCCAUGAUGCCAGGUUCUUAUGAGCUUUCACCAGUGAUGGAACGCUAAAUGUUUGGGGACAAUUCUACUGUGGUCCCUUAUCUAAUGACAAAAUUGUUACUUAUGGUUAAGGCAAAAAAGCAUUUUCUGUUUAUAACCAAUUUAUUCCUUUUAAAAUUCAAGAGUUUUCUUGUUUAACAUAUUGGGGUAGCACCUACCAAAGGACCAUAUCAACCUCCAUCAAUGAUGUGACUUUAGAGAAUCUUUCAUUUUUAAUCUCAGAACUAGAACCUUGGGAAUAAUGUAUGCAAAAUUAUAUCAACGUGAAUAAACUCUGAAUACUCUUGUUUAUGUGAUGCAUCCUUCAUCACUCAAGUUCUCAGUGGGUUGAAUGCCUACAUUAUUAUUAUUAUUAUUAUUAUUAUUAUUAUGAUAUUUAUAUAGCGCUUUAAAAUGGGUGGACGAACAGACAUGUAGUUGUAACCAGACAAGUUGGACACACAGGAACAGAGGGGUUGAGGGCCCUGCUCAAUGAGCUUACAUGCUAGAGGGAGUGGGGUAAAAUGACACAAAAAGGUAAGGAUAGUAUUAGACUAGUGACAGUUGCAGAAGAGGAAUCAGUCAGGAGCUAUUAACAGUUUAAUUGAUACGCUUUUAUGAAGAAGUGGGUUUUUAACGAUUUUUUGAAGGAGUGGAGACUGGGUGAGCAUCUAACGGAGGAGGGAAGCGAGUUCCACAGGAACGGUGCAGCCCUCAAGAAAUCUUGAAGGCAAGCAUCAGAGGUGGGAGCACGGACAGAAGAUAGACGUAAGUCUUCAGCAGAUCGUAAGGGCCUAGACGGGACAUACUUGUGUAUAAGGGAGGAUAGAUAGGUGGGAGCAGCAUUAUGUAGAGAUUUGAAAGCAAGAACCAGAAUUUUAAAUUGAGCUCUAUAUUUUAUAGGAAGCCAAUGUAGGGACUGACAGAAGGGUGAGGCAUGGGAGGUGGGGGCGGACUGGAAGAUGAGCCUCGCUGCCGCAUUCAUUAUGGACUGUAACGGCGCAAGUUGGGAGCAUGUAAGACCACUGAAAAGCGGAUUACAGUAGUCAAGGCGAGACAGUGGAAUGGACCAACACCUUAGUCGCAUCUGGCGUUAAGUAGGGGCGGAUGCGCGCAAUGUUUUUGAGAUACAUACAUCUUGGGUUUAGCUUUGGUUACUUUCUUCUACAGUUUGCUGCUGUGUGCCAUAGCUUUCCUUCAUGGGUAAGGCUGGGAUAGCUAAAGUGGGUCUUCAUACUUUCUGUCAAGUUAAGUCAAUAAGAUAACUGGCUUUUUUUUACUGUUAGACAGUAGUGUGAUAGACGUACAGUAAUCUUUUGCUUCUUUUGUUCUAUCUAUAAGACCCUACUCAGGAAUCAUCAUUUCAUUCCCACACCGGAGAAUUUCCUUUGAAAAUGUAGGUCUUUGUGCACACACUACAACAAUGGAGUUGAAAAUGAUUCGGAUGCUGUAAUCUAUAAAAAGAAAUUGCUAGAGAUUUCUUCUCUUUGUGUGCGGAGUGUAUAAAUUCCUCGACCUGUGUUUAGACUGCUACGAUCGCUUUAAUAAUCCAGAUGGCACAAUUGUCCCGCACAUCGUAGUCAUCAAAAACGUAUUUACGGAAAUGAUUAGAACACGAACUGAUCUUCUACAAAAUCAAAAUGACAUUGUAUAAGAAUGGAUUUCCAGGAAGCCCCCUAAAAUUGUUUCCAUGGUUUCUCUAUACUUACUGCCAUAUAAAUACUAAUAUAGUUAUUUAUGUGGGUGUGAGUUCAAAUGGGUUAAUGAUAGCCUCCUCACUAGCCACAAGAAUAACAGAAGAAAACAAUCUCUAUGCACACUCUGACUUUUCAUAAGAAUAUAGCCUUGUUUCUAUAUUUAACUCCCAAAGGAUGACUAUGUCAAAGUGUGCACAUGAGGGUACAUUGAAUCUAAAAUAAGAAGGAAUCUUGGUAUCGAUAUGAAAGUGAUAGCAUAAUAAUCAAAUAACCACCAGCUUCAGCUUAGAACUUUAUUGAUCGUGUGUAGCAAGGGUCUUCAUACAUUAAAAGAGGAACAAUGAUCCAUUUGAAUAUCUCCUAAAAUGGUAAUUGUUCUUACAAUUCAAGUGUAACUUGAAGCUACCAUUAAAAGUUACAACAUCAAAACUGGGCAUGUGCCUUUUCUACAACUGGACAAAUAAGUCUAAAGAUUUAAUCUCUUCAGAUCUAUUCUGAACUUUUGAACUAAGCGAUGUCCAAGUAAACAUGGUCUGCUCAAUCUCAAGUACCUCCUUUUGAGACCACUACUGUAGACUCAACGUAUUCAGCUUACAUCAAAACCAACCAUCCUUUACACCAUCAUGGAACUGUCCCUGGGUCUGUUUUUUUUUUUUUUUUUGUAAAUUUGAUUUUAUUCAGGUUUUUGGCUUGACAAUAUUUACAUAACAAAACAGGUGAGACACGCAGGUCUGUCCCUGGGUCUGUUAACACUUCCUCUCUCUCUGGCUAACCUCUGCAAAAAGGGAAAAGCCAUUUAGAAAAAAAUAAAAAUAAGUAUUUUAAAAAGAAGAAGAGAAAAUACAGUUUGUACUCCAUCAGUUUUAUUGCAUAAAAUGGCUGAUAGUAGCAAGAUGGCUGGCGGCAAAUCAGUAGCAGGUUCCACAUGUUAUCAGUAGAAAUAUCCACCGUUACUUGUGAUCUCAUAGCAUACGGGAGACAAGCAGAAGGAAUGUGAAGCUUCUACAAUCGAAAUGCUAAAGGCUAAUUCCUUCAGCGAUUACCCUCCCCCUUCUAGGAAAAAGGAGACAAUCCGGAAAUAUUGACAUGCCUUGUUUACUACGAUUAUUAAGCCACCAUAAGCCUGGACAUGCUCUCUGAGCAUUGUGUAUCUUUAUUUAGCUGUCCCUGAAAUAACCCUUGUUCACCUUCCAUAGCAACUUAAUUAAGCUACAUUUGGCCGUGGCAAACGAAAAACUGUUGGAGUGUUAACCUGUUCACCACAUACUUCUAACAAAAUGUAUGAUUUUUUUUUAAUGUCUAAUCUACCUGUUAAUUGAUUUGGAAAUCUGUGAUCUAAAUUAGAAUUCUAGUUUUCACUUUAAUGUAAUUACCGUAUCUAUUUAUCAUUGUCAAAAUCCAUUGCCUGAGACAUGCCAUUGGCUUAAAUGGUAGAUCCCCGUAUAUAUUAGAACUGCAACUAUCGGAUCCUAUAGGAAUAGAAUAAUACAGUUUGCCAAUACAUAUAACCACUACGCUGUAAAAGUAAACGGCUUUGCUAAUGCGUUCUCUUCGAACAAGCAAGUCUUCAGACACAGGGAGCCACCAGGUUUGGUAUACAGUGAACUUUUACAAUGACCGUUUUAGAGAAAACAAAACUUAUCAACACAGAAGUUUAAACAGUGUGCAUUACAAGAUAAUUGCUGAAUUUCUGAGACACAAAAUCAUCAUUGGAAUGAAGAGAAAUAUUUUGCUUGGUUGACCUGUUGACUCUCCCAGUCUUCAAAUUUAUGUGUCUGUCAAUUGGUUUACAGCUUCCUAUAAACCCAGACCACCAAGUUCUGAAGUUUAAACUUAUCUUGGUUAAAAUAUUACAAAUAUCUUACUCUCCAGGUGAAUAAAUAAAGUGACAAGAAAACUUGUUUGUUUCCUGUUAGCUAUGCUUGAAUUUUAAGUAGCUGGUCUUUGAUGCUUUUAUGUAGAUCAAAUGCAAUACAAAUAGGAAUAGAUCCAGAUAAUAGGUACUAUAUAUACACAAUAUAGGUGAGAAGCUGCCACUCAAAUAGGCACACCCCAAAUUGCCUAUAAGACCAAAUAAAGAAGAAGAAAAGGAUGUGUACAAACCCACCUAAUGAGGGCGCUAGACACUACAAACAAGUGUACAAAUGUGAUAUUAAAAAUAUUAGAAUUUAUUCUGUGCAAUUCGCAGUAAAUCUAAAAAAAAUAAAACUAAAUACAAAUAUCGAAUAUUAAUGCAAAGCAGUACAAUUUUAAGACAGGGAACAAAGCCCGACACCAACCACUCAGCUCACAAGUAAAUGAAUGAUAUACACAGCCCUUGGUCGCGGCUCCCAGGGCUGAAGUAUACUUGCAGCUCACGAUGCAAUAAAACCGUGGUUGUGAAGUAAUGGUCUCUGGACUGCUGAACUUUCGAAUGACUCUGGCUCUAGGAGUCUGGCUCUAAGCUUAGAGCCAGAGUCAUUCGAAAGUUCAGCAGUCCAGAGACCAUUACUUCACCACCACGGUUUUAUUGCAUCGUGAGCUGCAAGUAUACUUCAGCCCUGGGAGUCGCGACCAAGGGCUGUGUAUAUCAUUCAUUUACUUGUGAGCUGAGUGGUUGGUGUCGGGCUUUGUUCCAUGGUCUUAAAAUUGUACUGCUUUGCAUUAAUAUUCGAUAUUUAUAUAUUGUUUUAUUUUUUUUAUAUUUACUGCGAAUUGCGCUGAAUAAAUUCUAAUAUUUUUAAUAUCACGUUUGUACACUUGUUUGUAGUGUCUAGCGCCCUCAUUAGGUGGGUUUGUACACAUCCUUUUCUUCUUUUUUAUGUAGAUCCACUGUUUACAUUUGUGGACCCACUUUUUAACUCAUUUGACCAAAAAAUCUCACAAUAUGCCAGUGUUUUCUUAAAUUAGGUUAAAAAACAUACAGAUAAACACUUAGGCACCCAAAUACAGGGAGUGCAGAAUUAUUAGGCAAGUUGUAUUUUUGAGGAUUAAUUUUAUUAUUGAACAACAACCAUGUUCUCAAUGAACCCAAAAAAACUCAUUAAUAUCAAAGCUGAAUAUUUUUGGAAGUAGUUUUUAGUUUGUUUUUAGUUAUAGCUAUGUUAGGGGGAUAUCUGUGUGUGCAGGUGACUAUUACUGUGCAUAAUUAUUAGGCAACUUAACAAAAACAAAUAUAUACCCAUUUCAAUUAUUUAUUAUUACCAGUGAAACCAAUAUAACAUCUCAACAUUCACAAAUAUACAUUUCUGACAUUCAAAACAAAACAAAAACAAAUCAGUGACCAAUAUAGCCACCUUUCUUUGCAAGGACACUCAAAAGCCUGCCAUCCAUGGAUUCUGUCAGUGUUUUGAUCUGUUCACCAUCAGCAUUGCGUGCAGCAGCAACCACAGCCUCCCAGACACUGUUCAGAGAGGUGUACUGUUUUCCCUCCUUGUAAAUCACACAUUUGAUGAUGGACCACAGGUUCUCAAUGGGGUUCAGAUCAGGUGAACAAGGAGGCCAUGUCAUUAGAUUUUCUUCUUUUAUACCCUUUCUUGCCAGCCGCGCUGUGGAGUACUUGGACGCGUGUGAUGGAGCAUUGUCCUGCAUGAAAAUCAUGUUUUUCUUGAAGGAUGCAGACUUCUUCCUGUACCACUGCUUGAAGAAGGUGUCUUCCAGGAACUGGCGGUAGGACUGGGAGUUGAGCUUGACUCCAUCCUCAACCCGAAAAGGCCCCACAAGCUCAUCUUUGAUGAUACCAGCCCAAACCAGUACUCCACCUCCACCUUGCUGGCGUCUGAGUCGGACUGGAGCUCUCUGCCCUUACCAAUCCAGCCACGGGCCCAUCCAUCUGGCCCAUCAAGACUCACUCUCAUUUCAUCAGUCCAUAAAACCUUAGAAAAUCAGUCUUGAGAUAUUUCUUGGCCCAGUCUUGACGUUUCAGCUUGUGUGUCUUGUUCAGUGGUGGUCGUCUUUCAGCCUUUCUUACCUUGGCCAUGUCUCUGAGUAUUGCACACCUUGUGCUUUUGGGCACUCAGUGAUGUUGCAGCUCUGAAAUAUGGCCAAACUGGUGGCAAGUGGCAUCGUGGCAGCUGCACGCUUGACUUUUCUCAGUUCAUGGGCAGUUAUUUUGCGCCUUGGUUUUUCCACACGCUUCUUGCGACCCUGUUGACUAUUUUGAAUGAAGCGCUUGAUUGUUCGAUGAUCACGCUUCAGAAGCUUUGCAAUUUUAAGAGUGCUGCAUCCCUCUGCAAGAUAUCUCACAAUUUUUGACUUUUCUGAGCCUGUCAAGUCCUUCUUUUGACCCAUUUUGCCAAAGGAAAGGAAGUUGCCUAAUAAUUAUGCACACCUGAUAUAGGGUGUUGAUGUCAUUAGACCACACCCCUUCUCAUUACAGAGAUGCACAUCACCUAAAAUGCUUAAUUGGUAGUAGGCUUUCGAGCCUAUACAGCUUGGAGUAAGACAACAUGCAUAAAGAGGAUGAUGUGGUCAAAAUACUAAUUUGCCUAAUAAUUCUGUACUCCCUGUACACACGCAGGCAUUUUCUCUAGACACAAGACUUGUGCAUGAUGUAAACAUUUGGUUCAACCUAAUUAAAUAAAGAGAUAUUGUUUGGUUAGUCUGAAAUUCAUUCAUAGGGCUCAUAUUAUUUUCAACAUUGCAAAUGAUUUGGGAAAAUGUUUUGGAUGAACACAAAGGGUGCAAAACUGCAAAAUAUAUACAUGAUAUAAAUAUUAUAUUAUGUGCAUGUUUUGCAGUACACUGACUGGUACAUUUUCCUGCUAUUUAGGUCACAGAUCAAGUGAAUUGGAAAAAAAAAGGCCGAACAGUUAAAAAACCCGUAAUAUAUAAUUUUUUAUUUUAAUUUUUUAUUACUUUUCCUCCUUUUAUAGUAUAGUUUCUUUCUUUUUUUUGACUGUUCAUCCUUCUAUUGAUCAUCUCUCACUUGAUUUGUGAAUAAAGUAAACAUUUAGUGCUUGUCCCCUAGCCAUCAAUCAUCUUCUUUUUUUUUGUCUCUCCACCAAUCAUCUUUUUCUGGGGCCAUAGACAGAAUUCUGAAUCACAAAACAAACGAACAUGCUCGUCCAUUGCCCAGUUUGUUUGUUUGUGAUACAUCCAUGGCGCUUCAGAGUUACGAAAUUCAGAUGGCCUGCAGAAUGCCUGAAAUCGGACAGAUCCCAGUUCGUUUGAAAUCAAACGAACAAGUCUAAUAGACACACUUACUGGUACAUACAGGUACACAUUCACAGACACACACAUUUUUAUAGAGACGUUUUAUGUUCCUACUGCUGUAAAUGAAAAAUUAUGCCACUCACAAUACUUAAAAGAUAGCAUCCAAAAAUUCUCUACCGAUUCGUUCAUCUAAACAAUAAGGGACAAAAAAACUAUUGCUAUCUGUCUUCAUGUUUCACUUGAAUAUUUUUAUUAACUUGUCUUUAUUUUUUAUUUUUUUUAAGGUUGAUCAGUGAAGUUGGAGAACUCACAGAUUCUAUUGAGGUUCUAAAACUGAGACUGGAAAAUGCAGAACAGUGUCUUAUAAACCUGGAGGACACCAGGAUGUCACUGGAGAAAGAUAUUGUCAACAAGGCUAACAGCCUGUUUAUUGAUAGGGAGAAGUGCAUGACCCACCGCACCCGUUACCCUGUUAUCAUGAAGCUGUCUGGAUAUCAGUAGAUAUGUUUGAAAGGAAUAGAAAUGAUUUAUAAAGAGCUUGAUUUCCUCAUUGAAGUGAACUGAACUCAAGCUAUUUAUAAAGAAAAUAAUUUCAUUUCUGACGUGAAUCGAAAUGAAUAAAGUUUAUGAACUAAUGCAUUGUUUUGCAUCUAUUAUUCCUGCAUCUAACUUUUGUAAUUGGCAGUGUAAUAAAACCACAGCAAGCUUAAAAUCAGAUGAUCGGUACAAUUUAAGUACCUAAGCCGCUUCAUCCCAUUCUAUUAGGGGUCUUUGGAAGCUCUACCCCAUGGGCCAUGUUCAGUCUAGACAUUCUUAAGUGGUGUGAAAGAAAAAUCCCGGUACCCAAAGCACAGUCUCUCUGCAGACAAUACAAAUAUAGUGCAUUCAUUUUUAGACUACCUUUAAAGCACACAAAGGUUUUGUUUUUUAACACCUGAUAUCUGUGUUUUAUAUUUAUUUUUAGAUUUUUAAGAGAGAAGCAAUCAAUGAGUUGCAGAAGAAAAAGUUAUCUCUGUGUGUGUGUGUGUGUGUGUGUGUGUGUGUGUGUGUGUGUGUGUGUGUGUGUGUGUGUGUGUGAGAGAGAGAGAGAGAGAGAGAGAGAGAGAGAGAGAGAGAGAGAACAGGGAGAAAGAGUCAGCGCUAAAUAAUAGAAAUAACAGGAUAGAAGCAACCCAAAAAGGGAAUCCCUCAAGACCCUUAAUAGAAAAUGCUAAGGGCUAGUAGCAGUAGUCUUUAACAAUAAAAACCAGACCGAAUGGUCUAAAUGGCUAAAGAACAAGUAGGCCUAUAUAGAUAAUAAAAAACGGUAGAGAAUAAAAAUCUCACUUAAGACAACAGAAUAAAAAUAAAGGUAGAUCCGUUCGGAUAAUAAAAUAUAAUGUGGAGGUUAAUAAAAAGUCAUAUAAAAGUCUCACUGAUAUAUCUGGAUAGGGUAGGGGUACAGUCCUCGGGAGUUGAUCCGUCCGCAUUGUUAAAAUAUCCGUAUAAGUGAAGACAAAAGGAGAACACGACAGACAGCCGAUAGUGUGAUAUUGUUAAAAUCCAACGAUAGAAUAAAUAAUAGGAGGAUGAUACACUCACAUUUAUGAGAGCUCUUACCAGCUCUGGGGUGAAGGGCGUGUUGCGUUAUAAUCCCCGCUAGAGGAUAUAGUGGAGAGGUGCCUCUGUCACUCCGGCCUGGUUUAUUCAGUGCUCCAAGGUAUAUAUAUAUAUAAAAAAAAAAUAUAUAUAUAUAUAUAUAUAUAUAUAUAUAUAUAUGUAAAACAAGAGGGGGUUGGCUGCACUCACCUUAACAUGCAUAAAUGGGGGUGCUGCUGGGGGCCAAAUAAUACAAUACACAAGAUCCAGCGCACUCACCUAUCAACUAAACAGCAACUUCAAUGUCGAAAGAUUUUAAUUUGUUUUUUUUAAAACACCUAAUCUAGGCAAAAAUAAUGGGGGUUUAGUUACAUUAUAUGAUCAUACAUUGCAUAAGCCUGCCACAACGUCAAUGUACCCCAUCUUUGGCAGGUCCUACACCAACAGCCUAAUGUCUGCUCUUAUGAGAUUAACCUACUUGGGGAAAAAAAUUCCAUCUGGGGCUCUCUGCAGUACAAGGCUAAAUAGGGCCCUGGGAUGAGGCACCUGUGACAGGGAGGGGUGCAAAACCAAGGAGUUGGCUAGACUCCCAAAUAUAUAUAAAACAAGAGGGGUUGGCUGCACUCACCUUAACAUGCAUAAAUGGGGGUGCUGCUGGGGGCCAAAUAAUACAAUACACAAGAUCCAGCGCACUCACCUAUCCACUAAACAGCAACUUCAAUGUUGAAAGAUUUUAAUUUGUUUUUUUUAAAACACCUAAUCUAGGCAAAAAUAAUGGGGGUUUAGUUACAUUAUAUGAUCUGUAUGGCUGUUAGUGUAGGACCUGCCAAAGAUGGGGUAUGAUCAUGUAUGUAACAUUGAAGUUGCUGUUUAGUGGAUAGGUGAGUGCGCUGGAUCUUGUGUAUUAUAUAUAUAUAUAUGUGUGUGUGUAUAUAUAUAUAUAUAUAUAUAUAUUUAUAUAUAUAUAUAUAUAUAUAUAUAUAUAUUUGAGCACUGAAUAAACCAUGCCGGAGUGACGGACGCACCUCUCCACUAUAUCCUCUAGCGGGGAUUUUUAUAUACCUUGGAGCACUGAAUAAACCAGGCUGCAGUGACGGACGCACCCUUACUAUAUCCUCUAGCGGGGAUUAUACCGCUACACGCCCUCCACCCCAGAGCUGGUUAGAGCUCUCAUAAAUCUGAGUGUAUUAUCCUCCUUUUAUUUAUUCUGCUGUCUGUCGUGUUCUCCUUUUGUCUUCACAUAUACGGAUAUUUUAACAAUCCGGACGGAUCAACCCCCGAGGACUGUACCCCUACCCUAUCCAGAUAUAUUAGUGAGACUUUUAUAUUACUUUUUACUAACCUCCACAUUAUAGUUUAUUACCCAGAAGGAUCUACCUUUAUUUUUAUUCAGUUGUCUUAAGUGAGACUUUUAUUCUCUACCCAUUUUUUAUUAUCUAUAUAGGCCUACUUGUUGUUGUUUAUCCAUUUAGACCAUUCGGUCUGGUUUUUAUUGUUAUAGACUACUGCUACUUAGCCCUUAGCACAGCCCUUCCCCCUUUACAUUUUCUUGUGUGUGUGUGUAGAAGGGACCAAUGCUUGUGGGGCUACUUGUGUGAUUGGAGGAUGGGUCUGUUUGUCAUAUAGUGAGUGUGUGUUGGGUAUUUGAACUGUUUUCGUAAUGGCCAGUCUGGGCCUAUCACCAAACAUUACACAUUAAAUUAGCCUCUACACUAACCCUAAACAUUAAUCCCUACAUUUUGCUAACACUAAGCAUUAAUUCCUACAGUACCCUAACAUUAAAUAUUAACCAGUACACUACCUUAAGACUUAACUAACCCUAAAGUAAAUAUCAUGUAAUAUAAAAGGCGUAUAACGCUGAAGCAUAUAUUAGGGGGGAAAAAUACCAUCACAGGGUUCUCGAGAUAUUUUUCGACUACAGGACCGAAGGUCUGGAGGGGAUUUAAUUAUACAGCAUGGCAAGUUUAACAAAGAACUAAGACGGGAAUCUUAGGAUAGAAUCCCAUGGGUCUCGUUUACCAAGCCAAGCCAUAUCUCACUAAAUCCUGUCUUCUGCUGUUUGUUAGAACACUGAGCUGCUGCAUUUGAAGCAUCCCCCACCAUCCUAAUACAGUAAAUAAGCUUAUAGUCAGUAUGUUUUUCGUUUGAUCUCUAUUUUUGUACCAUUUGCAAUAGUUGCCUGGAGCAGUCAUGUAAUUUUGCAAUUCUAAUUUUUAUUGCUUAUGGGUUGUUUUUUAUUUUUUUAUAUAUUUUUAUUAUCACUUCCUUCUUUCCAGUUAUACUCUUAGUACAUAUAGAAACAGAAUACAUAUUCAUUUGGAAAAUAGCUCUAUCCAUUUAAAUCAGAUAUAAAAUAAAAUGCCGGCAACUAAUCUAUAUCGGUUUUAUUUAGCCAAUGUCCUUAUAGGUUUAGCUGCACCAUUUCAACAUAACAUCUUUUUCAGUGGGUAAGUUUAAUGGUUAGGUAAAAGAAACUAGUAAGUACGGUUCAAUACAUUGUAGAAAUACUCCCAUAUUAGGAAUGCUUUGUAGUUGAGUACACUUCUGAAAUGGCAGUGAACAAUGAACAUCAUAAUGGAUUACAGGGGACACUCCACUGCCCAAACACACAAAAAAGUGCAUUUAUUUAAUUUUGCGUUUUUUUUUUUUCAUUGGGGGUAUCAAAAAACAACUUGUGAAAGUGGCAGAUCUCUUGUUUGCAGACUUUUCAGGACCUCCCUUUCUAACCCUGCCCAGACAUUCUGUGGCUGUCCAAUCACAGACUUCCCAAUGCAGCUCAAUGCGAAGUCGUUGCAAGGCAGGUGCUCUGGUCAAUUACUGUGACUUGAGUUUACCUCCAAUGAUCUAAACAACCAUGGAUUAACAGGACCUGUUGUUUGACUGAUAGCCAGGGGUAUGUAAUAAGGUUAAUUUAUAAAAAAAAAGUGUAAUUUUCUAUUGAAUUUAUAGAGGUAAUAAGGACACACUCUUCACACAAAAAGCACUUAAAUAAAUAAAGUGCUUUAGAGGUCUGCAGUGUCCUUUUAAAGAAAAAAAAUGCACGCACAAGAAAAGUUUCUAAUCUUACAUGUCUACUUAAAGGGUUGCUACAACCACCAUUACUACUUCAGUGAGUUGAAGUGGUCAUGGUGGUAGAAGUAUGUAUGUGCAGUGUUUCAGCUUGAUCGAGACCCUGUUCCACACACCAAUCCAUCCUUAAAUUCCUAGCAGAUAGGUAACACUGUCUCGUACCAGGGCCCCAAGAGUCCCAGAGGCAGCAACCAAGGUUAUCAUCACCUGUUGAGAUCGGAUAUGAUGAAGGACCCUCGCAAUUAUCACAAAGGGGGGGAAAGCUUAGGCUCUGUGGACCGGCUAAGUCUGAAAAAAUGCACCUACCACUUUGCUCUCAAGAUCCUGAAGAAGUCCGGAGUCUGGUGAUUGUUGCGAGAAGCAAACAGUUCAAAUUCCUCCAGGAUGCAAGGGCGGUAAACCCAGUUGGUUCAGCUUUCAGUCACUGCCUUCCCUUCAAUGGCAAGAGAACCAUUGUGCCGUGAGGCUGGUCUCCCUCGGCAGAUAUUUCACCUUCAAUAUGUUGCAAGGAUGUCAAAACUCUAAAUCUCCUUCGUAAGAUCUGACAAAACGUGGGACCUAGCGCCACCGAGGUGAUUGAUGUAACACACUGCAGAUACAUUAUCCAUCGGAGCACAAUGCAACAGUUGGACCUCCUCUUUGCCAAACUGCAGAUAGCAAAUCCUGCCAGGAUUCCAAGCAACUAAUGUGCAUAGAGAGCUCUUGAACUUUCCACAUCUUUCCUGUGGAAAGACCUCCGUUGUUCGCACUCGAUCACCAAAGGCUGGCAUUGUCAAAUAUGGCCCAGCUCUUCCAGGCCCGCAUGCUGUCCAGCCACCACUGUGGUUCCAUCUGAACCUUGAUUGUCAUUGGGACCAGUUGGUCAGAAGCUGCAAUUCCUUAGGCACGUGUGCAGAAAUUUAAACAGGGAAGUCAGGUAGUGUCCAAUCCCCAGAGCAGGGGUGGCAUUUGUUGCCUGUUGCAUGCGUUGGCCUGUAGCAGCUAGAAUGAACAUUGCGUCCACCUGGGAUGGGGCAUUCCCAUAUCAUCCCCGCCCUCCAGCACUUGGGGUUCACCCAGGUCUUUUACAAAUGCAGAGUCCGACCUCACGGUGGAACCCCAAAUGUCAUCGUCAGAUCCAAAAGCAUCUGCUUGCCACUCAUCAAGUAUUCAGAGGAACUGGGGUAUGUCGUUGUCCUCAUCCGAGGAGUGACCAUGUGGUGGGAGCUGAGAAGGUGUUGCCACAUGCAGUUUGCCACAUUCGAGGGCUUUUUGUCCUUGGAUGAUUUAUGCCAAUGCAUAAAUUGCCACAAGGGCAACAGAACGUAAGCAGACAGACCACAGCAAUACCUAUUAGGCACUAAGAGCAGUGGUUGGGACCAGGUUCAGGAGGUAUGGGCCAAAAUGUACAGUUUGGCAGAAUAAAAUCAGGCACAGUAAGUACAGGCCGUAUACCAAACGUGGUCAAACAACUACGGUUCACCCAGUAUAGGAGACAGCAAAAGUAGGCUCCCGUCAGCAGUAAAAUUACCAUGCAAAUAAUAAGGGUGGUCACUCCAUAAACCAGUAGGGCAAGCAGCACCUAUCACUCAAGUAAAACCCUCAUGGUCAAUACACUGACCUUAAAUUCAGUACACACACCCAGGUAGGCAGAAUUGAUUGUAAAAAAGGUAUAACCUUGUAGAAUCAGUGGAAUGCUUCACUUAUUUUGUGUGUCAUUCUUGCGCAAGGGCCAUGCUAAUCUUCUCUGUAUUGUUCCAAUUUUAGCAUUGGUGAUGCAGACAGGCACUGUGUGAAGGAGCGGUCAGCCCCCUAAUCAUGGCACUACAAUGUGAGUGCACCAACAUGGCGAGAUCCAAGAUAGCCACCGCGAAACAACGAGUACAGAAGAGCCGAGGAUUGUCCGACGCCGGCAAGUGGCAUGUCGUCGUAUCACGGCCUAGCCCACAAGGAAGGAGGGAAACAAUUAACACAACCCCUGCCAGAGAAAGGAGAAAAAUAGUAAUGGGGCAGACAGAGCCUGCCAGGAAAAUGACAAAAAAGCCCAAUGUACAGGUAGAUAGUGCGAGAGAAAGGGAGAAACAGUAAUGGGUGAAUCGGAUGAACCUACACCUGCUGUGAUUGAGGAGUGAGAGCAGGAAGCGGUUCUGUACUUUGGCGGUCUUUUUUCCCCAUCGGAUGAACUUACCUGGCAUUGAAGUUAUUGCGAGCGUCGGCAGUGAGUGAGUUCUGUAUAUAUCGCGGUCUUUUUUGAAGAUCCCGACCGCGAUAUACUUUAUAGCAUUUUGAGGAAUCCUGUGUGCCUUUUGCUGGACUUUAACAUCUCCUGAAGUAUACCAUUACCGCCUCCAGCUCGCAUCAUUCAUUAUUUUUAUUCAUUUGUCUUUUUCUACACUCUCUGUGUAUGUACCUCGGUGGGGGGCCCACACCGAGGAAAGGUAUUUUACAGUAUAUACCUAGUUUUGUAUUAUUUGUUACAGUUGUUAUAUUUGUUUCUGAGUUUGGUGGGGAUAAUACUCUGACACUUUGUUGUUAUUUUUUACCUAGUGUCUGAGUUAACCCUUCUGACUCAGUUGUGCAUUCUGCAUUUCUGUAGAUUUAUAUUUUCUCUUUCUAAGAGAUACAUUGUUUUUUAUUCUCAUCUCAGCAGGUUUAGGUCAUCUGUGAUCUGUUUUUUUAUAUUUAUUAUUAUUUUUUUUUUUAUAUAUAUAAUUUUUUUGGAAUAAAAUACUGUUUUAUUGAUUUAUUUAUAUUUUCAAUAUGUUUCAUGAGUAAAGAGCGCUCACGCUUUGUUUAACCUUUGAGCUUACACUCAUUCAUAGUCGCUAGUGGAUGCGUGUAGCUGCUCCUAUUUUUAUUAUUUUCUUACAUAUAUUUGCACCUCUAUUGUAUAUUUUCAGUAGUUUGCAGGAAGAGCCUGAUGGAGAGAAUAGUAAAACAGGGGAUACAAACAGAUCUCACACUAAUACAACCCCCAAAGAAUAAAAUUAAAUAAACAUCAUUCACAAUCCAGCAAACUGACACAAUAAUACAAUAUAGAGAGACAGUGAAGGGAGUUGAAACUCUGAUCUGUACUUGUCAUGGAGCAGCAAAGAAAGAGGAGGAGCUUGGGCUCAUUGUGUUUCACAUAUACAUGACUUGUUUCUGAUUGGUUCUUGUUUUUCUAUGGGUUUUUUUUGCGGUUAAGAGUUCAGUAAAGAAAAAUAUGCAAAGUAUGAAGCCUCCUGUCAUGUAGUAAAAUUGUAUUUUCAUGUCUGUGCUGUUCCCUUAAUGUGUGUUUUCUAGAUAGUUUCAGUAACUUAUAGCAAUAGAGCUAUGAAAUGUAUGCAGUAGGAUGAAGGAACUGCCAAUCUGUAUCAAGCAAUUUUGCAGUUUAGAGCAAAUUAAAGAUAUUAGGCUGCCACACCUACUGUGCUGAGCAGGCCUGAUAAAAGGCUUAUCGUUAUAUCAGAAGUCCAGAGCUAGAGGGCCCUUAUAACUAGUUUCUUGUUGCCAUAGUCUGUAUUGGAUUAUUUACUGCACAAAACCAAAUGGAAAAAGUACAUUUCUCAGUUUCUGGUAAAAAAUGGUAGCUUUAAAGUAAAAAAUAAAUAAAUCUAAUUUAUAGACAAGUGCUAAUAAUACUCAAUAUAUACGUUCCAACACUGGGAGAUAUGUGUGCAAGACUGUGUUGCGGGUGGGGCAUGCCACCCUAAAAAGAUGGUUUGUCAGACUGGUGUGCAUGCUUGCAAAAUCGGCCUGCAGCCAGUCUGGCUAUCCCCCUCAUGUAGUCUAUGUGCAGAGCACAUAUGAACUUAUGGACUAAGCUUAGUUUGAGCAGUGUGACUGCCUUUAGUGAUAUAGCCUGUUUGUGCUUUUUUGGGACUUAUCUCUACUAGAAUGUUAUUGAAAUUGGACCACCAGAGAGAAAACCUUGGACAUGGGUACAGGCAGGGCCGGAUUAACAUAGAGGCUGAUGGAGCUGAUUUUUACUACUCUUCACAUGCUCUUGCUUAAAGGACCACUAUAGUGCCAGGAAAACAUACUCGUUUUCCUGGCACUAUAGUGCCCUGAAGGUGCCCCACCCUCAGGGUCCCCCUCCCGCCAGGCUCUGGGGAGAGGAAGGGGUUAAAAUCUUACCUUUUUCCAGCGCCGGGCGGGGAGCUCUCCUCCUCCUCUCCUCCUUCAUAGCGACGUCAUUGGCUGAAUGCGCAUGCGCGGCAGGAGCCCCCUGCGCAUUCAGCCAGUUCAUAGGAAAGCAUUUACAAUGCUUUCCUAUGGACGCUGGUGUCUUCUCAUAGUGAUUUUCACAGUGAGAAGCACACAAGCGCCUCUAGCGGCUGUCAAUGAGACAGCCACUAGAGGCUCUAGAGACUGGAUUAACCAUAUUAUAAACAUAGCAGUUUCACGGAAAAUGCUAUGUUUAUAAAAGAAAAAAAGGGUUAACCCUAGCUGGACCAGGCACCCAGACCACUUCAUUAAGCUGAAGUGGUCUGGGUGCCUAUAGUGGUCCUUUAAGAAUGUAAAUUUAAGAGGGAUCUAAGGGAACUAAAAUGGUGUGGACUGGAAUUAAUUAAGGUACACUUUGCAAAUAUUCUUGCUGUUUCAGUCUCUCUAGCACUGUGGCAUGUUCCCUUUCUUCUACACUCAAUACAUACACUCUUUCUCCAUCCCACACUGUAUAACAAGAGCUUCUGCAUGCUAGUACGAAGGUAAUGUAUUAGGCAGUCUUUGUGUGUAUGUGUGUGUUUGUGUUUGUAAACAGAAAUCAGUUUCUGUGUGUUUAUGUGUUAUGUAGUGUGUUCAUGUGUAUGUACUAGGCUGUUUGUGUGUGUCUGAAAAUGUGUAGCAAAGGCAGAAUAGAGGGGCAGAACAAACAUGUAUCAGUAGCACCCUGUGCACAAAGAGAUAGUGCAGGGGUAGGCAACCUUUUUGUAGUACUGUGCCAAAACAAGAUGUUGAAGUCCCUUGGCGUGCCGGUCCUAAUUUUUUUUUACAUUGAGAUGUGGGUUACUGUUUUCUGCUUGUGUAAUUUAUGGCUGCUGCAGUUGCUUUGUACCAUUGUAUUCAUGUGUAUGUGGGCUAUUAUAUUGUAUAUGUUCAUGAGUAGUUUGUGAUAUUGUGUAUGAUACCUUUGAAUGUGGGCUGUGUAUGGGGGCUGCUUGUGGAAUUGUGUGUGUGGAUGUUGUGUCACAUUGUGUGCUUGGUGGUGUGUAUAUGUGUGGGGCUGCUUGUGAGGUUGUGUGCGUGUAUGUGGAUGGUCAGUGGUGUUGUUGGUUGUGGUUGUGGGGACUGUGUGUGUGGGCUCUUUAUAUUAUUUGUAUAAUAGUAAGGCUUAUUUUGCAGCUCUGUGUAUAUAUCUAGCAGUGUGGGUGGCUUCUCGGGAUCCAGUAGACAACAGGUUAGCCAGGUGCAGGUCAAAAUCUGUGAUGUCUGCUGUGGGCUACUCUACUCCAGUGCAGGUACCCGUUCAUAAGUGUUGGGAUGGAGUUAUCUUAGAUCACGUCCUUUAAGAGUUGUAAUGGGUAAAUUAAGGAUUGCCCCUCACCUGACAGGCCAGUGCCUGUUUGGCUCUGGCAACAUUGAGUGUCGUGCAAAGGCAUCUUGAGUGCCAUCCAUGGCACACGUUCUGUAGGUUGCCUACCCCUGAGAUAGUGUGUAGCAGCCCCCUACAAUUGGGUUAUACUGGUGCAAUGGCAUUAAACUGUAACAAAAGGAAAAUCCAAACAGUGGCAGAAGAUGGUUCACCGAUGAAGCUUUGAAUUUGAAUUUUUUUUAUUCAAAUGCUAAAGUUUUUUGCUGUUGUAACAGUGGAGAGUUCACAGUUGUUUGUAACUUUGCCAAACUAUGGCGCCCUUUGAAUAAGCCUCGUAGUACCGUUUUUACUCUGAUUUGUACCUCGGAAUAUAUUAGCAUGUUUGUAUGUAUAUAUAUAUAUAUAUAUAUAUUACAUUUUUUCAGUGUUAUGAUUUAGUGGGGAAACGUGUUAGUGCCCCCCCAGUUUUAACUGUGAUUUCUUAUUCUCCACCCCCGCCACAUGUAUUUGCAUUGAAUACAUUAUUUAUCUAUGUAAAAAACAAAUACAAUUUGUAUCUUAUAAUACUUUUUUUAUUAGACUAACAGAAUUUUUUAAUGACAAGCUUUCAGGAAAACCUCCCUUUCUCAAGUCUGAAGUUUCAAGUCUUGAGAAAGGGAGGUUCUCCCGAAAGCUUGUCAUUAAAAAAUUCUGUUAGUCCAAUAAAAAAGGUAUUACAAGAUACACAUUUUAUCUGUUUUUUAAAUCUACAUCACUGGACUAAUACGGCUACAAUCUCUACAUGAUCAUUUAUCUAUGUAAUAUACGAUGUGUACAGUACAUUUCCUUGGGAUUUAUAUUCGAGUGAGCUUGCCAUGACAGGUUCACUUUAAUUGCCUAAUUGUUCAUUUAUAUUUAGAAUAAAUUAAGUGUCAUAUAAUUAAAUGAGCAAAAUAAUUUAUAGGUGAUUUUCGAUGUUUUAUUUGAUGGUGUAAUUUCCAGAGAAGUGACAACUACCCCUCCAAUGAAAGAUGUCAGACCAAGCGAAGACUUGUUGGUUAAAGUUUUACACUUUAACUUUUUUUAGUUUACCGUAUAACAUUGGCUGCCUCUUAAGAAUUUCUGUUCUACUACUUGACCUCACAUUAAAAAUAAACAACUAGCAUGACCGUAUGUGUUAAACAAAUAGUUAUGAGAAAGCCCAGUGUCCUUUUAAUGACAUAAAAAAUUGUGGAUGACCUUUUAUGUAGCUGCAAGCUGACAAGCGCCUUUCUUCAACUCUUCGUUAGCUAAAUAUCACAUUUGCAGUAAUUAAGACAAAUACAUUUAGUGUUAAUGAUCUUCCUCUAGGAGACAUUGAUCUGGGAUUUUACACAAAAUCUAGGAAAUACAGUAUGUCUCUUCAAAAGUAAACAAAAACAGGUAAAAAUCACAUCUUAAAUCCAACAGCAAUUUUAACACUUCUCAAACAUUUUCACAGCCUAAUUAAAGGGGCUCUAUAGGCACCAGGAUCACGUCAUCUCAAUGAAGCGGUCUGUUGCCGUGUCCCUGUCUAUUUAACCCUGCAACUGAAAACAUUGAGAGCAUUUGAUUUGAUGCAGCGCAGUGUUUGACAAACAUGCGCACUAGCAUCCCAAAGUGCCCCUAGGGGGAAUUAUUGGAAUGGCUCAGAUAAUCAACACUGAUGAUCUCAGCCAAAGAGGUGGAGCGGCAGGACAGGGGGCAGUGUGCCAUGGGAUGUAGAGUAAAUAAAACAUAACUUUUAAACUCCUGCAAGGGAUGGUGGACACUGACAUAUUACAUAUGUAGAAGAACAUUAUAGCAUUAGGAAUGCAUGUUUGUAACGUGCUCCAUUAAUACAGGGCCAGAGCAAGGAUUUUUGCUGCUCUGGGCAAAAAAUAAUUUGUCAUCCCGCCCCUCCAUUUGUUGUGACAUUACAAUGUCCUACCCAUAUGAUCAGCCACACACAUGCUCCAUCCCUUUUUACAAUGUUUACUUUACUUUGUACCCAUAGCCCCACUGUGUGCCUCUUUGACCCCUAGCCCCUCUGUAUGUCUCUUUGUCACCACCAGCCCCUCUGUGUGUCUCUUUUGUCAUUGUCCCCAGCCCCUCUGUGUUUUUCUUUGUCCACCCAGCCCCUCUGUGUUUUUCUUUGUCCACCCAGUCCUACCAUGUAUUUCUUUGUCACCCACAGCCUCCCUUCUGUGUGUCUUUGUCACACCACCCAGCCAAGCCUUCCUUCUAGGUCUUUGUCACCCUCCCAGGUCUUUGUCACCCACAGCCUCCCUUCUGCGUGUCUUUGUCACACCACCCCCCAAGCCUUCCUUCUAGGUCUUUAUCACCCUCCCAGUCUCCCUUCUGUGUGUCUUUGUUACCCUCCCAGAUUCCCUUCUGUGAUUGCUCUCCCCCUCCCACCUCCCCAGACUCCCUUCCAUGGUUUCACUCCCUCCUCGCACCUCCUAAGACUUUCUUAUCUGGUUUCUCUCCCACUCUCACGCCCCGCGCCUGCUUACCUCCAUCCUCCUUGGCAGAGUCACGGACCAGGGUAGAGGAGCUUCUGUUUCCUCUCCUGGUCUAACAGGCAGUGGUGUAUCCUGGUUUUGUGCUGCCCUAGGCAGGACAAAACUCAGGCACCCCCCCGCGCCACCCGCGCAACCGCGCAACCGCCACCCAACCUUCCCCCCUGCUCCGCCUUCUAAAUACACACACACACAUUCACUGACAGAUACGCAUUCACUAGUUAACAGAAACACACACUCACUAACAGACACACACACUCACAGGCAAACACACACACACUAACAGGCAAACACACACACUAACAGACAUCCACACUAACAGACAUCCACACACUAACACUAACAUACGUACACUAACAUUAACAUACACACUAACACUAACAGACACACACACUAACACUAACAUACACACACUAACAGACACACUAACAUACACACACUAACAGACAUCCACACACACACACUAACAUACACACACUAACACACACACACACUAACAUACACACACUAACAUACAUACACACACUAACAUACACACUAAUAGACAUCCACACACACACUAGCAGACAUACACACACUCACUAGUGUUUUUUUUUAAUUUUUUUAUUUAACCCCCCCCCAGCCUCCUUACCUUUGGUAAUGCUGGGGGGGGUUCUUCCUCUCCCUGGGGUCCAGUGGCUGCAGGGCGGGCGGCCGGCGAGGGAGCUCUUCCCCUGAGCACUCUGCUCAGCUCCCUCGCGCGCCGCCAGCAGAGUGAGGCUGGGAGCCGGAAUAUGACGUCAUCAACCCGGCUCCCAGCCUCACUCUGCUGGCGGCGCGCGAGGGAGCUGAGCAGAGCGCUCAGGGGAAGAGCUCCCUCGGCGGCCGCCCGCCCGCCCAGCACUGCAGCCACUGCCGCCCAGAAUGUCUGUUAGCCGCGAGGCUAACUAGGCAUUUGCCCUGGGUAUUUGGGGGCGGCGUUUUUUGCCGCCACCUGAAAAAUGCCGCCCAAGGCAAAUGCCUUGUUUGCCUCGCGGCUAAUACGCCCCUGCUAACAGGAAGUAUUUCAACUCUCACUGAGAACUUCCUGUCAGUUCUGGUAGAGGUGACAGAAGCUUCUUUAUAUUGGUAUGCGGCCCUGCCAUGCUAUAUACUGAGACUGGCACUCUUCUUGACAGUAUGGUUCUGGACUGCUCCUAUGGGUUUUUAAAACAUAAUGCGCUAAUGAUAUCGGUUUCUGUAAAGAUACAACUAAGCUGCAACUUGUUUGAGACAAUCCUGGGUUUUUCUAGCUACAGUGGAAGACUACUAACCUCAUCCUUUCUCAGAAAGUGUUUUUUAUACAUUUAUUUGUCUCAAAACUAUAACUCCUAUGAUACUUAGCCAGGUUUUGACUACUAUGCUUCAGUUUGGCUAUUUAGGUCUACAAUUUUGAAGUCAUGCAAGAAACAGCCCUAGUCUUACUGCCCUGAAACAUAGCACAAUGAUACAAGCUAAAACACUGCACAUAAAAAGUCUCCUACCACCAUGACUACUCAUGGUGAGUGGAAUAAUCCUUUAAAUUACCCCUUAGCCUAAGCACCCCCAAAUCUUAGCCUAACCCUAUUCAUAAACGUUGCUGGACCAUUUUAAUUGAUGGCACAGUCUCAAAUAUUGCUGUUUUGUUGUGUUCUGAAUACAAUGCCAUUUCAGCAUCUCUCAGAAGACAAUGGGACUUUAAAAUACAGUUGUAUUCCACAUAGUUAUACUGAAUUUGAUGCCUUUAUUGUUAUACUAUCACAGCUAAAAUAAAUAAUUAAAAAAAUAAUAAUAACAAUUGUAUUGAACUGUCCCUCCACAUGUUCCAGUAAUCAUUUCUCUCCUGCCUCCAGACUGAUCAACUAAAUUUACUGCUCUCAUAAAAACAUUGUACUCUGAAUUAAAUGUCUGUGUUUUCAUAACCCAUGUGUUUGAAUUAGAUAAUCAAUUUGUCUCUCCAGUUUAUCUUUCUUAUCCGUAAUGUAAACUUCUGUAAUGUGUACAUAUCAUGUGCAUAUAAUUGUAACUAUUUGUAUACAUUAUUUUAUUUUUACAUCUAACCUACCUACCAACAUGUUCGGCACGCAUUGCUUUUUGUAUACAAGAACUGAUUUGACACAAUGGUUCUUCAUAUGCUUGGACAGGCGACAGGAGCAAGUCAGAUACAAGGAGAGCAAUUUGAUUUUUGGUUUUGCCAGAGUAACUCCGAGAGGUGCCAAGUCGACAAAUCAAAUCAUUUCCAACAAACGUAAGGAGCUGCACUAGAUCCCAUAAAUCUGAGCCAGGGUGCAACCAAACCAGGACCAAGCACCAGGUUCCAAUGGCAAAAGCAUAAAAUACCAAAAUGGUUCAGGCACUCCAAGAUCCAGAAAUGGCAAAUUUAUUGAAGCCUAAAGUAACACAACAAAACUAAUAGUUGAACCAAAAUAAUUUCUGUAGAUCUGGAUACAUUUUAUGUGAGUUUCUUCAGGAGUCCCAAUUCUGGUGUGAUACUAGUCUGGACCUGGUCUGGAAUGGUUUGUAUUCCCUCCAACAUGUAUUAUUUUUAGAUAAAUGUAGUUUAAAGAGGAUGGAGAGAGUCAGGUACCAUCUGUAGAAAUGAGAUAACUUGCGGGAGUUUAAUUUGAUACUUUUUAAACUCAACACAUUCUAAAAAAACUGUGGGGAUUGAAAAUGCAGAUACAAAUACAUAGGUAGUGCAGUGUAUUUAAUUAUUAAUUAAUUCAAAUGCUAAUUGUGGCAAUUACCAUGCAAGUUAUAUGUAUGCUGUAAGAAAGCGUACAUGCUCAACUCUAUAAAUAUUAUAUAAGAAACAAUAUUUAUUAUAAGGAUUGGACUAACAACUGCUUAAACUAUCAGUCUGUUUUUCUAGGUUACCUGUUAUAAUUCACAGAAAUAUAAACACAGAGGUUUUAUUCAUUGACCUAGCUGCCCCAAAAAAAAAUCUUAGGGGACAGCAUACCACAAUAAACGUAGCACCCCUUUAGGAUCAUAUGUUAAGCCAUGCAGUUUUCUAUAGUCAAAAUGAUUUACCGUCACUAGAGAGGUGACCUGUGUAAGCUAGCUGAUGUCACCUUUUAAUAUAAAUAUGGAGUUUCUCAUGAAAAAUAAAUCAGUUAUUUAACAAAGGUAUAUAAAUUCUAAAAAAAAGAAAAGAAAAAUUAAUGUUAUGUAUUUUUGGAUUUCCAACUGGAAUUUUUGCUUCUUGAAUUUUUAUUUUUAUUUUUUUUAAAGCCAUAUGUAUUAUUGUUAAUGUUAUUGUGAUUUAUAUAGCGCCAACAGAUUCCAUAGCGCUUUACAAUAUUAUUAGAUGGGGGAUUUGACUAUAAAUAGGACAAUUACAAGAAAACUCACAGAAACGAAGGCUUAAAGAGGGCCCUGCUCAAACGAGCUUGCAGUCUAUAGGAGGUGGGGUAUAAAACACAUUAGGACAGGGAAUAGAAGUCAAAUUAGGUGGGAGUGGAGCAGAGCUGGAGGAGAGUGCAAGAGGUAGAGGUUAGUCUGGGAGGCCAUAAGCUUUCCUAAAGAAAUUAGUUUUAAGGCACUUCUUAAAUGAUUGAAGGCUAGGGCUUGUACAAUAUAGCCUACUCUAAUAACACCAUCAAGGAUUGUUUUUACCAUCUUUCUUGGACAGUAAAACAUAUGAUUGUAAAAGCUAUACCAUGGCUGGCAAAGAUUUACCCCUCGCUUUCCCCCUCACCCACUAGGUUAUCUGGGAGGAUGUGUCCCCCUUAUUACCCCUACUUCCUACACCCAUGGAUUUCUUUACGUACCAGUAAAUUGUAAUUAAUUGAAAAUAAAACGGCUAUAUUUAGUCUAGAAAAUUACAGAUUCUGAAAAACAAAAUUCCAAACACAACUAUCAUUACAACUUGACUAUAUUAGAAAGUUAUUUUGCAAAUCUUGGUAUAUGGUUUCUAGCUCGCCUUUAAAGGAACACUAUAGUCACCUAAAUUACUUUAGCUAAAUAAAGCAGUUUUAGUGUAUAGAUCAUUCCCCUGCAAUUUCACUGCUCAAUUCACUGUCAUUUAGGAGUUAAAUCACAUUGUUUCUGUUUAUGCAGCCCUAGCCACACCUCCCUUGGCUAUGAUUGACAGAGCCUGCAUGAAAAAAACAACUGGUUUCACUUUCAAACAGAUGUAAUUUACCUUAAAUAAUUGUAUCUUAAUCUCUAAAUUGAACUUUAAUCACAUACAGGAGGCUCUUGCAGGGUCUAGCAAGCUAUUAACAUAGCAGUGGAUAAGAAAAUCUUAAUUAAACAGAACUUGCAAUAAAGAAAGCCCAAAUAGGGCUCUCUUUACAGGAAGUGUUUAUGGAAGGCUGUGCAAGUCACAUGCAGGGAGGUGUGACUAGGGUUCAUAAACAAAGGGAUUUAACUCCUAAAUGGCAGGAUUGAGCAGUGAGGCUGCAGGGGCAUGUUCUAUAUACCAAAACUGCUUCAUUAAGCUAAAGUUGUUCAGGUGACUAUAGUGUCCCUUUAAUAAACCCACCUCAGCCAUUUUUAUCAUUUUGUGUUCAAUACAAUUAGGACUAUUGAAUUGGCAUGAAAUGAAAUUAAAUGUGCACCCUUUGGUUGGGGAGAACAGUGCAGGAUAAAAAUAUAGCAUUUUAUAUAUCUUGAAAAUGAUGCAGAUUUCCGAUUGCUGGUAAAAUUAGCAUAUAAAAAGAGCAAGAAUCUUUACAUCAUAAGAGAAAAUGUAACUCCGAAUAACAUGUAAAAUAAGUAAUGUACAAUCAUUUUGUACGUAUAUGGCUGUUUUGAAAAGCAACCAAAAUUAAGGCAUAUAAAUAAAUAAAAAUACAUUGAAAAAUACAAAAAUCAUGAUAUUAAAUACUGUGAAUAAUUAAAUUAUAAUUAAAUUAUAAAUAAUUAAAUAAUAAUUAAAAUAAACCUGUCACAUCUCAUCCAAUACUUGGUUCUUUUGAUUAAGCUCAGUUAUCUAUUGACGGGUGUUUAAUUGUUUAAUUUAACUUGUGUGUUAAUGUACUCUUGUGCUCUUGUUGAGCACUGUACAUAUCACUGACAUUAUUGUAUUUAUUUAUUUUAUUUUAUUUUUCGUUAUUCACAAUUCACAAGUAGUGCAACAAUACAAUACGAAACAAAGGUCAUGACAAAUGCAUAGAUUGUACACUAGCGGGUGACCCGGCAACAUUUUGGGAUUGUGGGUUUUAUUUUUAAGAACAGUAUAAUAGUAUACAAAGUGGGAACUUUGCAUCCAGCACCUAGGAAGGAUCUUGUGUGUCAUGUAAUUGCCUAUCACUACUUUAAUUAUCCUCAUACAUGAUGUAUAGCCUAUGUAGGCCGGGGCCACAUGAAGCUUGCAUGACUCUUUGUUUAUAUUGUUAAUCUCUUGCAAGAAAGAAAUACAAGGCAGAAAAAAUUAACCUGCCAUCCACAGAUCAUGGUUUGAUCCACAUGACACAUUUGCCUGAAAGCACAUAUACCUCUAGUCUAGGUAUCACCAGCAAAUAUAUGGAUGAAAAGAUAUGGUAGAAUCCCUCUCGGACAAUGCUGUGUCCUGGAAUGUGAGGCGAUACAGAACAUGGAAUAGUCUUGCCAACCAAAUGAUGCAAUUAUUUGGUGCGAACAGGUGUAGCAUUGCAUACUUUGAAUUCCUGCAAAUUUAAAGUAUGCAACCCGGUCAACCACAUGGGCGAUAACAUGAAUUUCCACUCACAUUGACAGAGCAGCCGACAUUCUCAUUAGAUCGUUUUUUUUAUCAUGAACAUCUGUUAAGAAACCCUAAACAGUAACACAAUUAUUCAUUAAACUUGGAUCUCACAGUGAAUUUCAAAAUUUUAGUUCUAGAAAUAGUUGAUCAGAAAAUAGAACUCACAUUGACAAUAAUUUUCGUUUCAGCUUUUUUUUUUGUAAAUCUUUUUUUAUUGAAUAACAAGAUGAAAUUACAUAGUUGCGUUAUUACAAUAUUUUAGUCAUUGUAUAGUAAACCAAAAGUUACAAAUCGGAAGCGGUAAUCCUGUACAGUGUUUUGAGCAGUAAAGUUGUUGUUUCCCUUUUUCCCCCCAUUCUGUUCUCCCCUCUCCCCUUCUAAUUUCCUUUAUUACUUUGCUUUGUUUUGUUUUGUGUUAUUGUGUGUUUGUGUCCCAAGGCAUGGUUUUGUGAGUUACGUAGGGUAUCUAAGUAUAACUUUGAGACUCGCAGGUCCCUGCAUUCCAAAUGUUUAUACGGUUCAACAACAUGCUGUGUGUAUAGAUUGAGAGGGGAUCUAAAUGCUAGACGAUAAGGCAGCUCGUGUGAGACAAGUUUUUUGUCCAAGUUCGCCAUGUUAGGUAUGCGUUGGCGAGCGGAUGUGUUGGCGAACAUUGGGCCAUGUUUAUUACUUGUAUAAAGCUUAGCUGGGUUUCCCCGCUGGUCUGUUUUGUGAGCGUGGUGUCGUUUCAGCUUUUUGUCCUAAACUUCAAAUUUCACUUUAAAUUCCUGACAAUUCACACUUUGCUGAAUAACCUGCCAAUAUUCGGUUUCCUUUCCGGAUCCAAAAUCCGAAUGUGCCCAUUUCUCCUCAAGAAGUAAUGUAACAGUAUCAGUGGAACAGGAGACCAGAUAUAUGUGUAUAGUAAUUACAGGAAAAUGAUGGAUGAAUCUUAAACAGUGGGAAGAAUGUAACAAAUCAGAUCACUUGGAACAAUGGAGGAUACACAGCGAUAGGAACGUAAAUAAUGAGUUAUAAAAUAUUGUUUUUAUCAUUUGAUUAACAUGACAAAGACGCACUGUUUCGUGCAUAUAUUCAUCCGUGGAUCAACCUUAGAUCAUAGCAAUCCUUGUGUUGAGUUAAGCUGAACAGCACGUACAAAGAAAAAUAUAUAUUUUUUCCUCCAAACAUUGGUGUUUAAAGAACUACAUGGCUCUUGCAUCCUGGGCUGCAUCAUCAUCAACCUUAAACCAUCAAAAAUCCAGAGAAUAUCUUGUUUGUGGUCUUAACCUGAGAUUAUCUUUCAUGCUAAGGUAUUUCAUCUUCAAUUUAUGUAAUAUAAUUUUAUUUUAUAACUGUAACUGAUGGUAAUGACAUAUUUAAAUAUAUUGCCUAAAUCGCUAUAGUAGAUUUCAUAAAUUUAUGUGGGUUGACAUGUCAACAUGAUUGUUGACAUGUGGAAGAAGAAGUGGACCAUGAAUAUAUUUCCCUGACAUUCUCUCUCCUGGGUGCUGCCAUCUUUAAUAAUUCAGUUCCUGGCAGUUGAGGCUGCCAGGAGAAAGCUUUUGCCAUCAGUUACAGUCAAAUGUUGGGAAAUUGCAAAGCAGAGCAACUGGAAAUUAAUCUCCUUUCUUAUUUUAAAACCACUAAAACAACUAAAAGAAACUUAAGUACGGAAAGUUGUGUAUUGUCCGGAAUGAGAUUUUAUGCACCAAGUUGUAAUGCCUUGACGAUCAUCACCAAUGUACUUGGAUCCAAGUGGUUAUGCAUGUAAAAGAAAACAAGCAUUUGUGUAGGAUACCAAAACUAUGCAAUGAAGACCAGUGCUGACGCCCACUGUUAUUGUAAUAUAUCGAUGCGGCCUUCUUUGUCAGUUAGCCGUUUUUAACAGCGCCAUCUUUACACUUGGACGGACCCCAUAGGUUUAAUUAAUAAUAAAUUAUUCAUAGUAAUGUUGCGCUGUGCUAUCUCUGUCUGUAUGAUUUACCAACUGAGUACCAUUUUUUAUGCUGAAUUUUUUUACUUCAAGGCUCAUGUUAUAUUGUCCAAAUGUUUGUGAUAAUUAAUCUUAAUAAACAGCAUGUUUUUUAUAAAUAUUUAAACAUGGAUUUUGUUGGAGAUACAUAGUUACAUAGUUACAUAGCUGAAAAGAGACUUGCGUCCAUCAAGUUCAGCCUUCCUCACAAAUGUUGUUGCUGUUGAUCCAAAAGAAGGCAAAAAACCUGGUCUGAAGCACUUCCAAUUUUGCCACAAACUAGGAAAAAAUUCCUUCUUGACCCCAAAAUAGCAGUCAGAUGUCUCCUUGGAUCAAUCAGCUAUUACCCACUAAUUAGAAAUUAUAUCCCUGUAUGUUAUGUUUUUGUAAGUAUUUAUCCAAUUUCAGUUUAAACAUCUGUAUGGACUCUGACAAAACCACCUCUUCAGGCAGAGAAUUCCAUAUCCUUAUUGUUCUUACUGUAAAAAAACAUUUUCUUUGCCUUAGAUGAAAUCUCCUUUCUUCCAGCCUAAAUGUGUGACCUCGUGUCCUAUGUAUAGCCCUGUUUAUGAAUAGAUUUCCAGAUAUACCAAUAUUUAUAAGCUUAAUUUUUUGAUAAUUGACAUUUUUAUUCCUGUAAGUGCUUGUGUAGGCAGGGCCCCAGUGCACUGCUUUGCCAGGGGGCCCAUAAUGCUGUUAAGAUGACCCUGAUUUGUAAGACAACAUUUUUAAAGUGAAUCUUUACCCAACAUGGGUUAUACUCAAAUCUUGUAUCUAUUUUUCAAAUUUUUUCAAAAGUUUCUUCUACAGGUCAUUUACUUGUUUAACAGAGAUUAAAAGGGCAUUAUAAACAACACAAUAACUACAGUUACUCCAACUCAUUGUAGAAGUUUUGGUGCAAAGAGUCUUUGCAUUCUGUGUUCCUUUUUAUUGCCAUAACAUUUGAGUGGUUUGGCAAACAAUAUGUCUCUCUCGGCAUCUAAAGCCUUGCCUCUCUGUUGACAUCUAAUAAUAAAUGUCAGUAAGUUACUAAGAGAGCCUAGUUAUCCCACCCCAAGCCCUCUCAGUCUAUAACUACCCUCUGCCUAACAUUGCUGUCUAACGAUGGACAUCUUCUUCAGAUAUUCUGCAGUAGUUCUAGUGCUUAGAUUGCCUCUUUAAUUGAGUGCCUAGAUCUUCUAGAUGCAUUUUAUUAAACAAAAGUGGCCUGAACUGAUCUUUAGCUUGAUUAAUGUCUAUAUAUCCUACCCGUCCAGAGUCCUGGCCUUCAUAAUAGAUUAUUUACUGAGCCCAUAACAAAGUCCAUUCUUCACCUUACUUAUCUCUGUUCCUUGGAUAUGCUUCAGCAAUGUCCUAAUUGCAAGCCCUCAAACAUGACUGCUCCUUUAAGAUAGAUCGUUGAUGUGCUUGGUCUGUAAGUAUGGAAAUUGAUCACUGCUGUUAAUCAGCUAUAAGCAGAGCAGCAGAGGUAAUGAACCCAACUGAUUUAUUUACUGCCAAUGACUUGUUUAAUAACGUAAUUAGUGUAGAGAACAUGACUGCGGCAAAAUGAGACGAAACCUUGCCGAACCUCUUUCUGAAAAUCCAUCUGAAUAAUUACAAAGUUGACGAAUGAUGAGUUCAGAGCUUUGCAUUGUUUGAUAUAUGAUUUUGCCAUUAAAAGUGUCAUCACUCGGGUGAUAUAUUUGCAUUGAAAAUGCUAAUCUUUUCCUCUUGAUUGGCAGUAAAUUUUUCUAUGUUUCCAUUCUAGAUAAUGCAGUCAACCAACGAG